AUUUAUAUGAUCUCAAGGAAUUCAGAAACCCUGUCCAACAUUCCUGUUUAGGUGGAGGAUGGGCUUUAAACAUUAUAUAAUCCCUGUCUCUUAUUUUGCUUUCUUCUUCCAACAGGAGAAUCUUCCAAACAUGAUCCUACCUUCAAGGGUCCCAUCAAGUCUCGGUGAGUGAGUUGGACGUUUAAAUGUUUGCUCUUGUCUUUGUCUGCUAUGCUUCUUGCUAAAUGUCAGUGUCCUUCUCUCUUUCCAGGAGCUGCACGGACAUCAUAUGCUGUGUCCUCUUCAUGGCUUUUAUUGGGGGAUAUAUUGUAGUUGGAAUAAUGGGUAAGAAUCUGAUUUAUGCUACGCAAGUGCAUUUCCCACCAAUACCUACAGGGGGCGUAUCUGUAAAAAGUGUGACUUUCUUUCAUUACACAAAAAGUGCAAACCUGCUCUUCAACUCUGUACAGUGGACGGGCAAUUUGUAGGAAUGAUUAGCGGAUGGAAUGAUUUUAAACAGCCAAGAGAUGUAAGAUCGUUUCUGCUCCUCUCUGGGCAGUUUACAAACUAUAGAUCUGACUCCUGUAUAAAUGCCAUAAAGAUCUAACAGACUAAUAAAUAGAGAAACACAAAACAGACUGGCAGUGUGUGUAUAUAUAUAUAUACUGCCAGUCUGUUUUGUGUUUCUCUAUUUAUUAGUCUGUUGUGGAAAUUAAGGGGUAGAUAAUUUUGCAGAUGGGGUGUAUACAUAGAUUGGGGUGGAUAGGAGUUAUGGGUUAGUGAGUUAAGCCUCAGGGGUCAGUGUGUGAUUUGACACUAGGAGAGAAGGAUUUAAAUGGCUAAAUUCAUGACGAUUAGCAUUACGAAAGGUCACAAUACUCAAUAUGAACAUGCAUUUCAUUUAACAAAUGUUCAUAUUGAGUUUCAGCUCUGACAACCUGGUUAAAUCCAGCUAGGGUUCAAACAUUUCCUAAGCUAUUGAAGUGUUUUGUGUUUCAUUGGGUGUUAAAUACCGUUCUGAAUAGUGUAACUAGCACUGAACAACAGUAUCUCAUUUCGUAUUAUUCCUUUACACUGUACCCAUUGUACUGGAAGUCCCACGAGAGGGGCAUUAUACACCUGUAAUAAAAUAAACUACCUGUGUGAAGUGUCAUUUAAUAAUACGUUUCUUGUUUAUGGUUGAAAAUGAAUCCGUUUUACAGGUAGUGCUCAGAGAAUAGGAGUGUCAUCCUCAGACUUGUCUUUUAUUUCCAGUAAUUCUGUGUCAGUGGACUGGUAGUGAAUGAUGGAAAUGGUAGAAUAGCUGAUGUAAAGGGCCAAAGUCGGACAGCCCCUGUUCUAGAAGCCAAGGAUCUGCUUCCUAGACUGAUACAGAACACUGUACUCCAACCACUGUAUUACAUAGAUAGUGUGUUAUCCUUUAGCUAACAUUCCCGUGUUCUUUGUUUCUGUAGUCAUAUCCUCACAUAUGGACUCAUCAGGCAGUAGCCUCUGAUAACGGACACUCUGCUAUCUUAUCAAUUGUGUGAAUUCCUUAAUUUAAGAUGAGAAAUCUUAGAGAUAAUCUAUAGAAAGCCUCACUGACCUGUUUUAUCGCCUUAGAUAAGAUUUAUCUUAAAUCAAUGACAAUUCAUAGCGUGUGACAGGUGAUACACAGCAAAGGUAACGUGAUCUACUGGCAGGGAUUACAAGCGAAUGCAAAUCCUGUGUGCUCUGUAUUAGUGUCAUGUAGCGGGAUGAUCAGAUUUAAGUAAAUGCCACCAGCAGGCUAGUGGCUAUCAGUACCUGUCUCACAGUCUGAUCUUUAUUUACAUUUAUUGUAAAUGUUACAACAUGUCACAGAAUGGUUGGUUGAUUAGGGAGAGAUUAUAACAGGGUUAUUUACUAAAGGGAAAAUCCAACGUGAAUUUAAAGUGAUUUCUAAAUUCAAGGUCAAAAUAGCAGAACCAGAGAAAUUCAGCUACGCUUUCCGUCCAACUACUCUGGCCUGAAACUUCAAUUCACUUUGACUUCUCACUUUAGUAAUUAACAUGCAGAUCAAAUGUUUCUGCUUUGUAACCUCUACUAGCACUACUGCGUAUACAAUGUCUGUUAAUCACUUAAUAUACACAUAAUCACAUCAGGUAAAUUGGGUCCGGCCACGUGAUAACACUUGGAGAUUUUGUCUCCUUUACAUCUCAGGCUGAAUCUUCUCAGUCACGUCUAUUUCUUUCUGUCCAAACGUCUUUUAUAUCUAAGACAAGUUUCAUUGUUUCCCUAAUGCACCUUGUCUUUCUCACCACUUAGUCUCUAACCCGUAGUCUACCUCCAUCCUCGGGUCUUCUACUGUCCGUCCAUAAGCAUCAUUAAUUAAAGUUUCCAGUUCUCUUAUCUGUAGUUCCACCAGUUCCCUGGUGUCUUAACCUCUGUCUCCUCAAUCCACAGGUCUCUACCUCUUUCUGCAUUGUGCUUCUGUACUCUAUUCAUUCGAUCUCCCCUUUAACAAUCCUCUAUUCUUCCCUCAUGCCAUUGAUUGUCCAUGUUGAUUCUCCCUCCCCACAUGAACAUUCUGCCCUUUUAGCCGAUUUAGGUAAACCUUUCUCCUGCCAAUAACUUAAAGCUUUGAUUUGUAAUCAGUAUUAUGAGAACUCCCAAUCCAAUGCGUUGGCAGGUGGACCCUUUUUAACUUUGUGUUAUUAUGGAAACAUUUAGUGAGUAACAGAAUGUACACAAUGGUUUGAGUUAAUAUUUUUUUCUUUGUCGGUUUUACCUUGAAGAGAAAAAAAGUGACUGCUUUAUCUCUGAACAGCCAUAUAAUGACUUAUGCAAUAAGCUUUUGUAAGCAAAUACUGGUCAAAUAGCGAGACUAUUCACAUCUAUAAAUAGUCACUAAACAGCGAGAUGGCUGCAUUUACAAUCUGAUCAUCUCGCUACACAAUGCCUAAACACGGAACUCCCAGAAUUCACAAUCACCCAUGAUCCACCAGGUUCUAUUUCCCUACUAGAUUAUAACGUGUUAUUCAUUAAGAUAAAUCUUAUCUAAUGUGAUAAAACCAUGUCAGGGUGUCUGAAUACAUUAUCGAUAGGAUUUUGUGUUGUAUAAUAAACAGUUAUCAUGCUAUCUCGCUUUCUGUCAAUCACUCUUCCCAGCUUCCAUACGCUCAUCUUUCCACACAGGCUCUUCCAUUCUUUUUCUUGCUUUUUGUUUGUCCUUGUUCUUCCAAUCUGUCUCCCUCCACAUUCCUCUCCAUGUUGGAUUUUUUAUUUUCUUAUUUUCAGCCUCCUUUCUGAUUGCCAGAAUUUCUGGCUUUGGGAAAAGAUAACCGGUGAAGGGAACAAGUUAUCUCUGCCUUCUCCUUGCUCAUUGAUUACUUUUGCUCAUCCUAUCACAAUCCUGUACUCCCAACUGAGACAAAGUGACUGGAUAUUGUUUUAUAUUUCAUACUUAUCACUCAGACUCUUUACAUUUCGCAGGACUAUAAGGGGAGCAGUGAAAACUGUUUUCUUUGGCGAAGGCAGAUGACUUGCUCCAUUGUAACACUAACUGCUGUCAGGCAAUCAUGGGAGACCAUUUGAUCUCCCAAACUGGUCCGUUAUGAAGUAAAGUUCCCAACAAUUUGCAGUCCCCCUAGGAUUAACCUGCAGCCUCUGUGAGGCCGCAGGCAGGUUCAGAAAGCCUUGGAACUCUUAGAUCCUCCCGAUCAAGUAUUGGAAGGAGCUAUUACCACAAACUGAAAGGUGGACUUUGCGCAGGUGUGUCUCCGAGAACAGUGAUGCUGAUUCCACAUUCACCAUAGUUGAAGUAUAUAGAACGUGGUAUGUGUAUGGCUAACUAAUACGUGGAAUGUGUAUAAUAUCCAGUUAGAUUAGUUAAGUGGGUAGUAGGAGAAUACAAUACAGUUAUAUACUCCUAUUAUUUGUAUUAUUAUUUGGAUUUACAGGGAUCGUGGACAGCUGCAGCACUGACCCAGGAAGACCCAGCCGUCUGAUGGCUCCUGGAGGUGUCCCUGGACAGUAAUGUAAUAAUUGCCUUUUCUUUGAAAAGGCAGUGUUUACAUUAAAAUGCCUGCAGGGACUGACUAUGCUCACCAGAACUACUACAUUAAGCAGUAGUUGUUACUUUAAAGCAGCGCUGCCCAACAGGUAGAUCCUCAGAUGUUGUGGAACUACAACUCCCAUGAUGCUUUGCAUUCCUUUAGUUCCACAACAUCUGGGGAUCUACCUGUUGGACAGCCCUGCUUUAACCCCCUAAGGACACAUGACACGUCUGACAUGUCAAGAUUCCUUUUUAUUUCAGAAGUUUGGUCCUUAAGGGGUUAAAGUGUCCUUUAAAGUAAACCAUAUAAAAUCAAAUUCAAAAUCUCACAGCGAAUACUAGGCUUUUACAAAUAAACUCUCAUAUUCUUUUGCUUUCUUCAUCCAGUCCUUCCCCUUAUUAUACAUUAUUCUUAUAAAAUAUUAUUUAUUCUUGUCUUUGAAUGUUUAUGUAAUUAUGUCCUUGGAGGUGGUUAUGACGGAAGCUGAUUAACUGUAUCAUAAUAACCAUAAGCCGUACUCUAUUCUAUCCAAUACACCUCACAAAUCAAACAAUACAAAAAAGAUCGUCAAACUUCUCCCUGUAAGGAGCAAUAAAGGGUUCUUGUAAAAGUAUAACCUACUGCAUAACCCCUUCUAUAUUGCCCCUAUGAGGUCUCAGGAGUCCUUCAUCCCUCACCAGUCUGGCUUACUCACAAAGAACCCGCAGCCAUAGAUGCCGAUGUGUUAUACACAUUUAAUAAAGCGCAAUCCCCCAAAUCUCACACAGGGCACACCUGGCAUUGGGCUAAGCUAAUCACUUCACACCCACAAACUUGCUCCGUCUACCAUAUACCAUGUUAUAAAGCAGUAGUUUAUAUUACUGUUAUUCUGUGACUAACUGUUUCUCUUUAUUUUGACUUUUGUAUCAUUAUUGUUUAUUAUCUCAUGCUCAUUAUGCUAGUCCUUAACGUGCAUAUUUCCAAUUUGAAACACAUUCCCACUAUGUGUUAGAUGUGAUGUGACAUGCAAUACUAAACUCGAUGUAUCUUGAUGCAACAUGCAAAUUGUUUUUAACGCAACUGCUCUGUAAUUGUGUUGAAACUUGACGAAUAAACACAAAUUAAAAUUGACUGUGAUUGUAAUUGUGAUCCUGAGUUAUGCCUGUAGCCAACUUCUCUCUUACCCAAUACAAUGCAGAAUAUAUCAAGAUCUUUGUGUUUCACAAAAUAUUUAACUUGUUUUACUCGAUUUCUUCUCAGCUUGGUUAUACGGGGAUCCACGCCAAGUUAUAUAUCCCCGAAAUUCAACUGGAAUGUACUGCGGGGUUGGAGAUAAUAAGUGAGUACACUCACCAUUCAUCAUCCAGAAUAUUUCUUCUGUACCCUAACACAUCUUUUCACCCCUCAUGUCUUGUUUUCUCCCCUUAUGCUUUCUUUUUCCCUAAUAUUGUCUUUCUCUUUUUCCAGAGACAAGCCGUACGUCUUAUAUUUUAAUUUACUGAAGUGUAUCUCUGCUACGAAUGUCUUGGCUGCAACAUUGAAGGGAUUCCAGUGUCCCACUACUCAGGUACUUCAUUCGAAACAAAAAUGUCGGAAAUUUCUGUAAUCAGCAUCUAUGGGUUUUAAAAACCCCAGUGUAUCUGUCAUUAUUUCGAUCUUGCCCUUUAUCGAUCAGAGUAUACCUUUGCUGUGUAUUCUCACAAUACUAGUUUAAUCUUCUUCUAAGUUGCUAUAGUAUUGUAUUUUUUGUCUUGUUUUAUUUCAUUCUUGCUGCUGUGCAGAAGAUGACAAACAGGCUUGCAAUGACAUGGGAGCAAAUGCAAGCGUUUCAACAUAAACAGUCACAGCAUGCGAGAAAACUGCACGUUUUGUACAUAGUAAUAUACAAGCUUGGUUGACAUGAGUAAAAUAUAGUAUAGAAUCAAAGAAUUGAGUAACUUAUUAGGUGCUGCCUAAAGUUUGAGAAUAGACAAAGCACAUACAAGAGAUAGAAUUCUAUCAAUGAUAAAAAAGCAAGCUUACAGUAUAUCUACCAUAAGAUGCAUGCAUUUAUCGCUCAUUAAACGAUUUCCAAAUGCCUAUUUAUUAUUGUUUAUGGAGUCAGAGAUUUCCCUAACUAACUAAAUAGAAAUUCCAUGUAUUGUUUUAUUGUCUUUUAAUUAUUACCAUGUUUUUUGGGGGGGUUUGUUUCGUCUUUUUGUUUUUUUACUGUUGUUUAUUUCCUUCUUAACCCAGAUCUGUGUCAAAGAAUGUCCAAAUGAUUUCUACUGGCCACCCUUAAAGUUUAAUAGUACUUUUUGUCUGCCAGGGACCAAUCCAACAAUAACUGUGAGUAUCUGGUAACCAGUGUCUGAAUAGCAUAAUGUGGUGUGAUGUCCGGAGCGAUGUCUAGAGAUCUAUUGUGUCCAGUACAGCAAUAUCGGAUAGGUCAAUGGUUCUCAAACCACUGCUUUAGUAUAACAACAUUCCAGGAUUUGUCAGCAUACAUACAGAAAUGGGAAAUUCAUUCAUCUUGAGCUGUUCUUGUGCCUUGAAUACUGGGUUGGGAAUCUGUGAUCACAGAUACCUUGAAUCGAAAUAAUGGACGUAUUAAUUGUUGGGAAGUCCCUGUCUCUCCUUGUUGUUGACCUUGCUUAGAUUCAGUAUGUUUCUAAAGGAUGUCCAGCAGUAGCAGGAGUGUACCAUUUUAUGUAUGCGGUGCAGGGUGUAUGUAGAAGCUUAAUUAGAAUGUAAUAGAAUAAUUAGCUGAAACUCAAUGGAAAUAUAUGUCUGUAUAUAUCUAUAUAACCUAUGUAUACUAUAUUCCUCAUAUAGUAAAGUAAUAGAAAGCUGAAAUUAUUCUACCAGUAUUGAAAACUAAAAUAUUACAUGUAUACAUUAUUGUCAUUAUCUAUUCCUCUUUAGAGGGAACCUAUAGUCCUGAAAUAAAUAAUUUUGGUAUUAGAGGUUCCCUUUUGCCCACUUCCCAAUAAUAUAAAAAAAAAAAAAUCAUCCCUCACCUUGGUUUCAGCAUUGGGAAUCCUUUCAUGCAGCCGCCCACUUCAGACGCAGCAUACCUGCUGACAUCUUCCACGGUCUCCUCUAAUACAGUGCUUCUCAUAGAGCAACGAUGCCUCUUAUAUCAGCAGCAUUUGAUUCCAGGACAGAGUUUUAUUUGGGGAAACAGCCACAAGAGUUGUGUUUAAAGGAAAACUAUAGUGCCAGGAAAACAAACUAGCUUCAAAAUAGCUUCCCCCUCUGUUUCAGCUCCCCCCCACACACACACACCGUGAUUCAGACGGAGUUAAAAACCCCUUCUGUCACUUACCUGGGUCCAGUGCCAGUGUCCCUUGCUACUGGCUCAGGUCCACCUUCUUUACUACCCUGCUGACAAUUGCCAUUUGUUAAUUAUACAAUGCUUUCCAGUGGGAUGCGAGUGACGCUGGAAUGGCGUGAGGAGGUCUCAAGCGUCUGUUAGGCAACCGAAAGUCAUCUGCCCACCCAGAAGUCCCUCUAGUGGCUGUUUUUCUUGAAAACUGCAAUAACUACCUUUUCAGGGCCCAGGGACCUGGGACACUGCACCCAGACCUCUUCACUGAGAUGUAGUGAUCUGGGUGACUUCAGUGAUCCUUUAAGUUCUCUAUGGUUGGAAGCUCCACUGAUCCAUCCCAACAUAUGGGAAUAUAUUAAAAAACAGAAGUGAAAAUCUACAUCUCUUUGCAUUCAGUAUGCGCACAAAACAUUGACAAUUCCACAAAAAAAGGAAACUUGCAGGGGUAAUUUGUGCUUGUGGUAAUUACGCUGUGUGUGCAAUAAUAAUAAUGUUAAUGUUAAGCAUGGUGACAGAUAAAUGUUUUUUUCUUGAAUUUUCUUCUUUCUUGCAGACUAUAAUUGAACUGAUUGAUAAGGAAAAAUGUCCGGCAUUUCUUGUUCCCUCUACUCCCUGUGAGUAUUGUGAUUAUAAUUAUUAGUAUGUCCAUCAUUGUACAUUAAUCACCUGUACACAUUGAUCACAUCACGUGAGCACAAAAGUAAUUGUGAGCUACGUUUAAUAUGUCAUACUGCCGAUAUAUACAUGCGUUUAUUUAUAUUUAUUCAUUUAGAGUGAUUUCCUAAUAUCAUUUUUUUUUUUUUUUCAUCCAUUGCAUUUAGUACUCUUUAAUAAAUUCCAUAGCGCUGUACAGUGGUACAUGGCACCAUAUUCUUGCCCUCGUCUUUUACACCCGUUCAGAAAGGAACUCUACAGACUUUAUUACUGCAAAUGAGUUCCUCAAUAAUGUUUAUCUGUACGCGGCUGUAAAGGAAACAAGUGGAGGAAUCCUUGAUAAGAUAAGCCUACAAGACUCAAUGUGACCAUAUUAGACUAAGCAUAUUCGGUUGGGAGAAUAUGUGACAUUAUUACAGUGCCAUAGAGAAUAUGAAGAUGCCUUCAUGGUAGGUGUCCCUUUAAUAUUCCCUCACGUUCUGCUUGAUUGUGCAGUGGUAACUUGAUGUACCAGCAAUACAGAGCCAGCAUUCACAUUAACCUGUACACACUACAGUCUGAUCAGCGAAGCAGGGUGACCCAAGAGUCAGUAGAACAUGGUUAGGGCAUCGCUACUCCAACAAGGGCUCUUAUUAUCGCAGAAGAUAACAGACUAACAGAAUUUUGUUUCAUUGUUUUGUUGAAUUAAAAUGUCCCAUAUUAACAAUCGCUGUAGUGUAGCUAAAAACUAACAUUACACCAAAAUGAGGCUUUUUUUACAGAUGUAUAAUUAUAGAAAAAGCUAAAUUUGUGUUGGCAAACAGCCUUUGUAUAGGUAUCCCUGGGGGGGUUUUCACAAAAUGUGCAACACCUGGCAGCCCCCCCACCGCACAGUGUCUUCUCUGCGUACUGAACCAAUAUUUGUACUUGGAUUCUGUAGGACCAGCUCCUGAAUAUUGUUCCAGUGCUUUAUAAAUAUAUAAACAAAAAAGGCAUUAUGUAAAAACAGAGAUUUGUGUGUGCAUAUUUGGUUUUAUAUUUAAAAUUUAGUUUUCUAUUAAAUCGGGUUUGUGUUGAUACUUGGAUAUAAAUAUACUUCUAAAAACCUCAAUAAACCUGAAAUGGGGUGACUCGUGUGGUAUGAAAGCAAGCCUCAGUUAUUUAAUAUUUUCUCACUUUAAAUUAAGUAUAAAAGUCAAAAGCUAAAUUGGAGAAUUUUUUAAAUUCCAUUAUUUUCACCUAAAAUUUGCAGUUCUUCUCAAUUCUUCCCAGUUCCCAGUUUAGUGACGUACCAGUAUUGCUUGUGUUCUGUUGCUGUGUUAUUUAUAUUCCCAAAGCACUACCAUAAAUGUAAAACAAAUCUUGUAUUGUGUUUGUGUUGACAUUAACAAUAGGCACAAAUUACUUUCAAGUUUUCACCGAUUUUUAUGUCCUGAUAUUACAAUUUGGUCUGUGCAGUAACAUUCUUGCAAAUGAGAUUAUCAAUCCCACAUAAACACAUAGUGGUCUGAUAAUCAUUAGAAGAAAAUGGAAACAAAAUACCCUCUAACUCCCAUAUCAAGAUAGUGGCCACAAGAAAAUGAGGAUUCGAUUACUGUAGUACCUAAAAAAAAAAAAGUUAACUCUCUCCCCCGUUGCUUAUGCAAUACUAGUAACAUACAAUCAAAAUAAGUAAUGAGGAUAAUGCAACAAGAUGCUAUCAUGAACAUAAAAGUCCAACAAGUAAUUUGUUGAAGGACAUAGGCUUUGAACAGACAAUUCCGGUUGCCCCUUUAUCAGAGCAUAAAUGCCCUUAGGAGCAUUCUGCUUCCACAGCCUCAAAACCAUUAAAGAGUUUGUGAGUUUCUGGUCCCCUUUCUCAAUUUUCAGUAAAAUCUGCAAAAAGGUUUUACACAUCUGGUAUCCAGCACCCGCUGUAGCUCACGGUGCUGCUACUGUGCACCCCACAUAACUGGGGCCCUGCGCGGUCCAUUCUUAGGCUUUGGACCAUUUCACCGGCUCAGAGCACACUCUGGGUUGGCAAGAGUGGGGAGGAGGGUUUUUUUUUGUUUGUUUAUUUUAAACCAACCCUGCACAGCGAGAGGCGGGAAAGAGUGCCCACAGGGAAGGAGGGGUAUCGUUGGCUUCCCUUGCUGGAAGAGGAAGAUUUUCAUAUCUGUCAGUGUAAUGUGAGCGUUUACAACAGACAUCAUUUUUUGUAUAGAAUUGACGAUAAGAAAUACACAGCAUACAAUUCCAAAUAUCUCACUAUGUGCAAUUUUUCAAGCUGAAACACUGCACAUACUGACUCCUACCGCCAUGACUUCAAAUCACUGAAGUGGUCAUGGUGGUUGUAUUAACCCUUUAAGAAGCGUGGGAUGGAAAUAUGUUAUGACCUAGUAUGAGAGAAAUACUAUAUGAGUUCUGUAGUUGUUUUCUAUCAACAAAGUACUGUAACUUUGGAACUGUUGAUGUAAAUGAUUGCCCUAUCCUCUUGGUACAACGACUUCCCCAACUUGGCAUUCCAUGCAAGCAUGCAAGAAGGGUGGUUAGUGUAAAGAACAUUAAGAAGGUGUGUGUAAAUGGUAGAGAUGAGACCAGAAGGUCUGGCUGUCAAUCAGGAAAGAGUUUAUGAAAAGGGUAGCAGUUGAUUAGAAAGAAACAUUUCUCGAUCGAGUUGUGGCAUCUGACGGCUGUCCUAAAGGACCUGAGGAUGUUUUUGUUGGUUUUAAAGGUAGCUCAAGGUAUUACUGACCAUUUUAAGGUGACCAUCAUCUGAUGAUAUUUGUGCGGGAUUUAUUUGCUAAAUAGUGACUUAUGGUGAAUCAAAAAUCAGAUUGCAAUAUUCAGGCCGAAAGGAUUCAAAUGGAAUUCUCUCUGCUGUAUUCACUAGCCAGGCCCCUUUGCUUUUCUCUUGUUAUUUAUAAAUAAAGGGAGUGAGACAGCGCUAAAUAACUUUGGCAGCAACCUUAAAAAGGGAAUCCCUCAAACCCUAUAAAACAGGAUAAAAAAUAAAAUAAAAACAGUAAAAGGCUGCGCACAUUUAGUAAAGUCCAAUACAAGGAGAAGAGAGAAAAGUCCAACUGGUAUAUUCUUACAGGUAUCCUUGGUUGGUGGGGUCUUCUAUUUAUGUGGUGGUUUCACUCGUUUAUGGAAAAUAAAAAGAGGGAAAAAAAGGGACAUCCAAUGGUAUAGUAUGUAAAAUUCAGAUAUAGACGUAAAAUUGAUAGUAUAAAACUCACAUUUACCAGAGCUAAUGUCCAGCUCUGGAGUAAAGCGCGUACAGCGGUUUAAUCCCCGCUUAUGGGAUAUAGGCAGGUUCUUCUCUGUGGAUGGUAUCCAAUUAAAGAAAGAGCAGACCCACUGCUCUUUGAUGAUAGCUUGGGUGGAUUGAUCCCCACCUACGGAUUUCUUUGGGUACAGGAAACUUCCAGGAAUUUUUAGGUUUCUUUUAAAACCAUAAAAAAUUAAAAUAGCAAUAAAAAAAGGCCAGGGUAAAAUAAGAAUGAUAUGUGUCUAUAAAAAAGAUAAUUGGCACAAGCAAAUGACCAAAAAUACUUUAAUAUAUAUAAAAACACAAUUUAAAUAUCCAUAACGCGUUUCGUCACAAAGGGACUUUAUCAAAUGGAAUAACAUGAUUAACCUGGCACAUAGAUGUUAUAUAAGAGCAUAAUUGUUUGAAUUUUGGCACCAAAACUUAGUUUGACCAAUCAGAAUUAAAAACACUUAUACAACUUUAAAAUACAUCAUAACUUAUUUAGCACAUAGUUUUUGGUAAUACAACUUCAUUAAAUUAUAUAUACAAUUAAAACGAAGGUUUGAAAGUGUAAUUCAAGAUAAUUUAAAAAAAUCACGUGACCGGCGGCACUUCCGCGUUUCGGAAGUUCCGCCGCUAAGCAGCAUGGGUAAUGUAGUUUAAUGGCGGCGGACGUUUUAAAAGUCCUGAAAACGGACUGGAAUAGUGUGGCAGCAAUAGUUAGAAUAUAAAAACGAGGAGACUGGUUAAAAAUAAAGGGGCUGAUAAAAAUAAAAGGCUUAAAGAAGAGGUCACGUGGUUUUCGGCAAUAAAAGCCGAAAAGCCUUAUGGGGAAUGUAGUUAAUAGUAAAGAACACCAAAUUAAGAUAAUAGCAUAAGGAAAAAUAUGACACUUAUAAUACUUAUUACAGAGGAGUUAAUUGGUUGAAAAACAUAAGUUUAAACAAAUCCACCUUAUUGAUGGAAAAAGAAAAAAAGGGAAAAGGUAUCAAAAUUAAAAAGGCAGAUUGAAUAAAGGGUGAUAUUAAAAGGAUAUUAUAAAUAAAUUGUAUAAAAACCAUAGUUAAAGGGACAAACAUAGGAAUUCAUAAAAAAUUAUAUAAAUCAAAAUCUGCAUUAAGACCAUGGGGUAUAAGAGUCUGAAGUUUAUACACCCAUUCCAUCUCUGUUUUUCCUAGUAACUUUUUUUUUUUUUAUUUUUUUUAAUUCUUUAUUUUCUAUUGUGCAUGAAAUAAACAACAUGCUUACUCAGCCACGAUAGCCGUUGUAAGCGGUAAUAGGCAUAACAUACAACACAUGUCCAAGUACAAUACAGCACAAUUUUCCAUUUUUAUAAUUAUUGCAGUUUGUUAAGAGAGAAAAGUAGACAAUGGACAGACAUACCAUGUACAGUAACUCGCCCCCUACCAAUGUAGCAUGUGUCGUGCUAGGCAACUGGUAUGCUUGCAAAACGUUGGGUAUCAUGUCAGGUUGCUGUAGGCUUUUUUUUUUUUUUUUUUUUUCUUCUUCUUCUUCUUCUUCUUUAAUAAAAUGAAAGCUAGGGUACCUUGUUAGACAUCCUGUACUGGUUUUUAAGAAAUAUAGGAGAGGGUCAUAUUAUGUACCAGUAUGGUGACAUAGUCGACACUAGAGAUAUAGCCUGAAGAUGUCAUGCAUAUGUUUACUAUGGAGUAUCUCAUGUAGAACAUCUUUUACCUUAUCAAGGUGGGAUACAGCGCGUUUUGGCAGCUUGUGCAUUGAUAUAUGACACAUCCCAUGUCCAACAUCGUGCGCCUCUUUGGGUAGAGUGUAUCCCGCUAAACACCGUGCCCUAUUGUUUUAGGUUCCCUGUUGACUUUGGUAGAGAACGUGUGCAUGUAUCGAACAAAGUCAUCAGCCUUUACAAAUAGUGACAGGAGCAACCGGUAUAUAGUUUGAUAGCCCAUCUGUUUCGUACUUUGUAGCAGAUGAUAGUCGGCCAUUCCUCUUUAUCGUCUCCUUAAGGCCCACCUAGUAACUUUUUUAUAUCACCUCCUCGCCAGGAGGUAGAGCAUUUUUUUAUACCAAUGCACUUUAGUAAACGAGGGUCCUUAUUGUGCAUAAUAAAAUGUUUGGAUACUGUAUGAUUUAGGUAUCCAUUUUUAAUAUUUCUGCAAUGUUCGCUCAGUCUUAUCUUUAGGCACCUUGUGGUCAUCCCCACAUAUUGGAGGCCACAGGGGCACUCGAGCAGAUAAAUAACAUUUUUUGUAUGGCAGUUUAUAAAAUCAUAAAUAUCAUACACUUUUUUUGUUUGGUUUGACAUAAAUUUUGUAAUUUUUGAUGAAAUGACAUGAUCCACAGUUUUACAUACAAUGCAUUGUUUGCAUCUAAAAAAACCUUUUGUAUUAGGAAAAAAUGAUACCCUUUUUGAAGGAGAUUUUUUUGUAAAAUUUGUAGUUAGGAUUGAUUUAAAAUUAGGUGCUCCUCUAAAAACAAUGUUCGGAUGAGUAGGUAUAAUGGAAUUGAGUAUCUCAUCAUGUUUAAGUAUGUGCCAAUGUUUUCUUAUUAUUUUGAAUUCAGGAACAAAUAUACAAUUGAUGUUAAUAAUGUAUUCAACACAGAAGCAAUUAACUCUAUACAAAUAACUCCCCAUUAUUCUAACCAACAAGAUUUAUUUAUGAAAUUAGAAAGAGCCUUAUCCACAGAAAUCAAGCUUAAAUGGGAAAUUGCUACUUUUAAAAAAUAUAUAGAUGAACAAAUUACUCCCCGUGGAUUGAGACUCUUAAAACUGCCCACUUCUGACCAAGAUGAUCUUGAGUUCAUGGAAGAAUGGAACAAUAAAUUAGAAUUAUGUACAUUUGGCCUAAUGGAAACAUUAAUAAUAAAAAAGAGCAAAAAGCUGUCUAUUCUAGACAUUGAAAUAAACGACCUUAGAGACAAACUUUUACCAUUCACCGAAACUAAGGCCUACAAACAAAAUUCUGUACUAAUCCAGAAUAAAAUUGAAAAAGUUGAAGUGGACCAAAAACAUUUGAAAAUUAAAAAAUACAUCAGAGAUAAGACAGACUAUUCUAGUAAACAAGUAAGAACCUACCACCUUAAAAAGAAGUACACUUCAGAAAACUACCCCUCAAGACCUAACUAUCACAUGUAUAACAACUCUCACUCUCACAACAAUGUACCAUACCAACCACCCUCCAAAUACCGCAAUUACGCUACACGUAGACCCCAUCACCAAUCCCCAGCCACAACAAGACCCCAACAUACGUCUUUUCACCAAAAUCACGUUCCUUCUAAAUCACCAUACAAAAAUAAGAGGAAUACAUAUCAACUACCCUCGUAUAAACAAAGGAAAUUCCCUCACGAUAAUUACAAUCCUAUACCUCCAUCACCGAGAUAUCACAACUCCUCUGAUUUUAACUUUUCACCAAAACCACAAAGAUCCAGGUAUACCAAUGAUCAUAAUGAGUAUUCUAAUUACUCAAAAUCACCCACAAUCCCAAAUCAUACUAACAGAUAUCAACUAUUAUCAGUCGACUCUGACUUUGAUAAUGAGGACCAUUUUUUAGAGAUACGCACCCACCAACCUGCACUAGCCCAGACACCAUACCCAUUACGCUCUCAAAAAAGAACUUUAAACCUAGAGGAAGACGAAGUGGAAGAAGGGAACAAAAGAGAAAGAUUGGAAAGAUAAUAACACCUUCCACUAAUUCCUGCAAUGGCAUUUUUAACCUCUCCCAAAAAGUUUUAUCAGCUGCACAAUUAUCCGUUUUAAGUAAGGGUCUUAAAUUUGCUCCCACUUCCUCUUUUAACUCAUUUCAAGCUUUUCUUGAUGUAAAUAAAUUUGUUAGAAAAGCUACACUGAAAAGAUUCUUUAUAAGUAAAAAUGACGAAGAACUUGUCCCUUCUACUUUAUCCCUUCCCUCAGAAACAGAAAAUAGUCCUUUUUUAAACACACAUUUGAGAGAAAGAUCUAAAUUUUAUCCAUCCCAUUUUAAAUCAGCUCCUUUAAUUUUAUUUGAAAAACUUGUUCUUAAAGAUUUAGAAAAAAUCAAAUAUAAAAAAUAUGACCCUAACAACCUCACGAAUAGCGAAAGACAAGCAAUCAAAGAACUUUAAAAAGACUGCGAUAUUGUCAUUAAACCAGCUGACAAGGGGGGAGGAGUAGUCAUUCAAUCCAGUAAAAUGUAUGUAGAUGAAGCCCAUAGACAAUUAAAUGAUGGCAAUAUAUACGAACAAUUUUUAAAUGAUCCAAUCAAUAAUAUCCAAACUAUUUUAUCAAAUUUUUUAAAUAAGGGUCUAGAUCAAAAAUUUUUAAACAAACAUGAAUAUAAUUUUUUAAAUAAAAAACAUCCAAUUACCCCGGUCAUUUAUUUUCUUCCAAAAAUCCAUAAAAAUGAACAAAACCCUCCAGGAAGACCUAUCGUUUCUGGGAUAGGUUCACUUUUAAGUAAUCUUUCCCAAUAUAUAGAUACCCUUCUCCAACCUGCGGUUAGACUUAUGAAAUCCUAUUUAAAAGACUCCAUGUCACUCUUAAAAUUUUUAAAUGAUUUUACUUGGAAAAAUAAUUUUAUACUAGUCACAUGUGACGUCCAGUCCCUUUACACCAUUAUCCCUCAUGAUAUUGGUUGUCAAGCUAUAAAAUAAAUUUUAACCCAAGAAGCUAGGAUUCCUAACACUCAAAUAGAUUUUAUAAUAGAAGGUAUCAAUAUUAUUUUAAAUAACAACUAUUUCUGUUUUUUAGACUCCUUUUAUUUACAAAAAAGAGGUACAGCUAUGGGGACUAGGUUUGCCCCUAGUUACGCCAACUUGUUUAUGGCUGAUUGGAAGAAUGAAGCCAUAUGGGGCAAUCAUACUUGGCGGGCAAACCUAGUCUGCUAUUUCAGAUAUAUUGAUGAUCUUUUUUUUAUUUGGGAUGGACCUGAAAAACAUCUUAUUGAUUUUAUUAAUUAUUUAAAUACUAAUAAUAGGGGCAUCAUUCUCACACACGAAUUCAGUAAACAAUCUAUUAACUUUUUAGAUCUAAAUAUUUUUAUCAACAAUGGGCAACUUCAAACAAAAACUUAUUUAAAAAAAGUAUGUGUUAACACGGCCAUAGACAGGUCUAGCUGUCAUUAUAAGCCGUGGUUAGAGAGUGCCCCAAAAAGUCAGUUCUUACGCCUUCGCAGAAAUUGCUCAGAACUCACAGAUUUUAACGAACAAGCAGAGUUUAAAAAAAAUAAAUUUAUUGAAAAAAAUUACUCAGAACCAGAUCUGAAUAUCACUAUUAAUACAGUUAAACAAAAAGAAAGAAAAGAUCUUUUGAUAUAUAAAAACAAAGAAAACAAAGAAACUAUACCACUUCCAGUUAUUUUUAAUUUUAAUAAUAAAAGCAAUGAUGUCAAAAAAAUAAUAAGAAAACAUUGGCACAUACUUAAACAUGAUGAGAUACUCAAUUCCAUUAUACCUACUCAUCCGAACAUUGUUUUUAGAGGAGCACCUAAUUUUACAUCAAUCCUAACUACAAAUUUUACAAAAAAAUCUCCUUCAAAAAGGGUAUCAUUUUUUCCUAAUACAAAAGGUUUUUUUAGAUGCAAACAAUGCAUUGUAUGUAAAACUGUGGAUCAUGUCAUUUCAUCAAAAAUUACAAAAUUUAUGUCAAACCAAACAAAAAAAGUGUAGGAUAUUUAUGAUUUUAUAAACUGCCAUACAAAAAAUGUUAUUUAUCUGCUCGAGUGCCCCUGUGGCCUCCAAUAUGUGGGGAUGACCACAAGGUGCCUAAAGAUAAGACUGAGCGAACAUUGCAGAAAUAUUAAAAAUGGAUACCUAAAUCAUACAGUAUCCAAACAUUUUAUUAUGCACAAUAAGGACCCUCGUUUACUAAAGUGCAUUGGUAUAAAAAAAAUGCUCUACCUCCUGGCGAGGAGGUGAUAUAAAAAAGUUACUAGGAAAAACAGAGAUGGAAUGGGUGUAUAAACUUCAGACUCUUAUACCCCAUGGUCUUAAUGCAGAUUUUGAUUUAUAUAAUUUUUUAUGAAUUCCUAUGUUUGUCCCUUUAACUAUGGUUUUUAUACAAUUUAUUUAUAAUAUCCUUUUAAUAUCACCGUUUAUUCAAUCUGCCUUUUUAAUUUUGAUACCUUUUCCCUUUUUUUCUUUUUCCAUCAAUAAGGUGGAUUUGUUUAAACUUAUGUUUUUCAACCAAUUAACUCCUCAGUAAUAAGUAUUAUAAGUGUCAUAUUUUUCCAUAUGCUAUUAUCUUAAUUUGGUGUUCUUUACUAUUAACUACAUUCCCCAUAAGGCUUUUCUGCUUUUAUUGCCGAAAACCACGUGACCUCUUCUUUAAGCCUUUUAUUUUUAUCAGCCCCUUUAUUUUUAACCAGUCUCCUCGUUUUUAUCUAGCCCCUUCAUUUUUAUAUUCUAACUAUUGCUGCCACACUAUUCCAGUCCGUUUUCAGGACUUUUAAAACGUCCGCCGCCAUUAACCCCUUAAGGACACAUGACAUGUGUGACAUGUCAUGAUUCCCUUUUAUUCCAGAAGUUUGGUCCUUAAGGGGUUAAACUUCAUUACCCAUGCUGCUUAGCGGCGGAACUUCCGAAACGCGGAAGUGCCGCCGGUCACGUGAUUUUUUAAAAUUAUCUCGAAUUACACUUUCAAACCUUCGUUUUAAUUGUAUAUAUAAUUUAAUGAAGUUGUAUUACCAAAAACUAUGUGCUAAAUAAGUUAUGAUGUAUUUUAAAGUUGUAUAAGUGUUUUUAAUUCUGAUUGGUCAAACUAAGUUUUGGCGCCAAAAUUCAAACAAUUAUGCUCUUAUAUAACAUCUAUGUGCCAGGUUAAUCAUGUUAUUCCAUUUGAUAAAGUCCCUUUGUGACAAAACGCGUUAUGGAUAUUUAAAUUGUGUUUUUAUAUAUAUUAAAGUAUUUUUGGUCAUUUGCUUGUGCCAAUUAUCUUUUUUAUAGACACAUAUCAUUCUUAUUUUACCCUGGCCUUUUUUUAUUGCUAUUUUAAUUUUUUAUGGUUUUAAAAGAAACCUAAAAAUUCCUGGAAGUUUCCUGUACCCAAAGAAAUCCGUAGGUGGGGAUCAAUCCACCCAAGCUAUCAUCAAAGAGCAGUGGGUCUGCUCUUUCUUUAAUUGGAUACCAUCCACGGAGAAGAACCUGCCUAUAUCCCAUAAGCGGGGAUUAAACCGCUGUAUGCGCUUUACUCCAGAGCUGGACAUUAGCUCUGGUAAAUGUGAGUUUUAUACUAUCAAUUUUACGUCUAUAUCUGAAUUUUACAUACUAUACCAUUGGAUGUCCCUUUUUUUCCCUCUUUUUAUUUUCCAUAAACGAGUGAAACCACCACAUAAAUAGAAGACCCCACCAACCAAGGAUACCUGUAAGAAUAUACCAGUUGGACUUUUCUCUCUUCUCCUUGUAUUGGACUUUACUAAAUGUGCGCAGCCUUUUACUGUUUUUAUUUUUUCUUUUGUUAUGUAAUAAAGUAAGCUAUUCAUAGCCAGAGCAACUGUCCUGUUUAUUGGAGUAUUUAUUUACCCAAGUCUUUUACUGUAAAAGAAAGCAAGGUAUUUUAUUUAUUGGCAAUUGUUCUUCUUGUCCUCGCUUUGUAAAUGCCAUUGAAGUGUUUACUAGGAUGAGUUGUGAAAGGGAGAACAAAACAAGUUUUGGUUUAUUAUAGAUUGUUAGCUUGUUUGAGUAGGGCUUUAUGUACCUCUUAUACUGUGUGCCAAAUACUUGUUUGAUUGUAAAGCAUUGCAGAAUUUGUUGGUGCUGUAAUAAUAAUUAGUGCCAGCAUUUUACCAGCAUCCCCAACACGCCAAUGCACACUGGGUAUCAUUCCAUCUUGACUCCUUGCACACACAUGUGUUUCUAUGGCAGCAUACAGGAAAUCCUAUCAGUUUUUACAUUUUGCUUUGCUAUGGCAAGUGCAGGGAAAUGUGGGCUUGGUCAUUUGUUCCUUAGCGCUGUAUGUGUACAUGGGAUCAUGGAGGUUAAAUUAACUCCUGGAUGUGCUAGGGCACCAGGCAUUUGAUGUGUAUUAAAAUAUAAAAACUUUUAAUUAGUUUUUGGGCUGUGCAUUAACUGCAUAAUGUGUCAUGAGUCUCUAACUCUUCAUAAAGUUAAAACACUUGCCUAAUAACUUACAAAAGUUGUGCUGCACCUUUAAAUAUUGAUAUUUUGUAAACUCCCUAUACUGUAGAUGAAACCAUUUUAAACAAAAUGUAAUGUAAUUUUCUGGAGUUCACGAAAAUCAAUCACUCUGUGUUCUAUGUAGAGUCUGAUGUAUCGAAGGGCAAAAGACAUUAAGCAAUAUCGGAAUUAAUUCUCAUUUAGUCAGGAAAUACUGCUUUAAUACAUGAAACGGCAAACAAAAGGAAUCAAUAAGGUGCAGAGAAAAGGUUAUAACAUUUAUAAUAGACGAUAAGAUAAGUCAUUCACAGGGUUUCUAUAUGGGAAAGACUGCAAAUGGUAAGAUAGCUUACAUAAUAUAAUUAUUAUACCCUAAACUAUGAUACCAUAAUGCCAUCUACGGGUUCUGAAGACAACAUAAUAAGGUAUGAGAUUGAAGGACGGGUAGUUUAUUAAUGUCUGCAGAAUUCAAAAAUGGUGUUACUGUACUUAAUACCCACUUUGCCAUUAUGCAUCUUUGAUGAUAACAUUAUACUUUUGGGUUUAAUUUGUUAAGGUUUGAGAUUCUAUUAGUGGUGUUGUUGGUAUUAAGGCUAUGGUUUGGGGUAGUGUAAGGAUUUACUAUUAGUGUCUAUGUUGAUGAUUUGCAAGUGUAACUAAUAAUCCACUUCACCAAUGUUAAACGGUUGUGGAUGUAGGCCAAGAGCAAAGCUUGGAUUCCAUAACUAAUGAGUCAUAUGAAAAUUUUUAUUUUAUAAAGCAAAUUUAUACCUUAUUUUGUCCCUAAUCCUCAGAGAAUUGAUGCUGGGAAAGUGGGCAUAACAAGAACCACUGUUUGGACAUCCAAAAAUAAAACUGAGGAAGAUCAGACCGUAUUAGAUUAGAUUUGAUUUGAGAGCCACCUAUCUCUGAAUAUCCAGUGCCGAAUGUAGCAUCUGAAAUUGUGCGAAUUAAGUCAUUCAUUUUUAUUUAAUUUAUCUUACCAGUCCAUGAGAUGUUCUAUCUGGUGAUCAAAGUGAUAUUGGUGAAUGCUUCCACUCACAAGUAUUACCCUCCAAUCCUCCAAUAUAAUAAGGAAAAGUGUACAUAGACAGCACUACAUACAACUGAUGGUGCCAAAAACCAAUAAUAUAUGCAAAACAAUAGGGGAUCCAAAUGUAUUUACCACAUACAGAUAUUAAACUCCUACUUCCAGUAUAUGAAUAUUCUCAUAUGGGGAAAAUAAACAGACAUAUAUAUAUAUAUAAUAGCAGAUCUGCAUGCAGCAUAAAAUAAAAAGAUACGUUGUCUUGACACAAAUGUAAAAAAGGGACAAUAUGUCCUAAAACUACAGUCUGCAUGUAGAUGUUUACUUAGUGAUAGGUCUUGUACCAAGUAGUGCUUUAAAAAUACAUACUUAGUUAUAUACACAACUAUAAAAAAAAAAUAAUAUAUAUAUAUAUAUAUAUAUAUAUAUAUUAAAAAAAACACAAUCUUGUAUUUCAUACAUUUUUCCUUCAAUAUUGUUCUAUAAAAUAUUUCUUAUGGAAAUUUGUGUAAUUUGAUAGGAUAUCUCAGACAGAAAAAAACUUUUAAAAAGAGAAAAUGACAUUUAGUGGCGAAACAGGCUAAUAAGGGUGGAGGUAUUGUGAUUAUGGACAGAGCUAACUAUUUAACUAUUUAUAUGUUACUACACUAUAUAUAUAUAUUAUAUAUAUAUAUAUAUAUAUAUAUAUAUAUAUAUAGUUAAUACAAUGCUAAACAAAAAUCUGCACACCAGUCAAGCCAUAAGACUUGCUUUUCCCACAGAAAUCCCAAAUCAGCAGUGAUAUUACAACCGCAAAGGAUUCUGGGUGGGCAUAUGCAAAUUAGUUUAACAAAGAAUCACAUUUUUGCCUCAUUCCAUUUUAAACAUGGAUUCCUUUUAAUUUGUGUUUGCGGUAUACAACUGCUUGGAACACAAUUUAGGAUAAGAUGCAAAACCAGUGAACCACUCAUGGACAGCUGUUUCGUUGUUAAUGCAACUCUUCAGCAUGAGGUUGGUUACUGUUUGCUUAUGGAGGCUUGCGGUUGUAACAUCACUGCGGAUUUGGGAUUUCUGUGGGAAAAGCAAGCCUUAUGGCUUGACUGGUGUGCAGAUUUUUGUUUAGCAUUGUAUUAACUAUCCACAUACUUCAGGUGGAAGGGGUUUUCAAUCACAAUUUUUCCCCACCAUAACCUAAUUAUAUAUAUAUAUAUAUAUAUAUAUAUAUAUAUAUAUAUAUAUAUAUAUAUAUAUAUAUAUAUAUAUAUAUAUAUAUAUAUAUAUAUAUAUAUAUAUAUAAAAAUAUAUAGUGUAGUAACAUAUAUUUAUUCCCCCAAAUAAGGGAGAAUAAAAACACCCACACAGCAUAAAGCACAAAUAAAUGUGCAAAAAGGCUAUGCCACAGGACUCAAUCCUACUGCGUGUUAAGAAAAAGACGCAGUCCACAGUCCAAGAUCCAAGGUGCAAGUAAACCUUUGUCCCAGAUCUGAGUGCUCUUCGGUAGCAGAGGCCCUUGAUUUCCAGCUCAACGCGUUUCGUCCUGUCGCUUUCUGGUCUUCCUUAGCAGCUGUGGUCUCCCAUCUUCUUCCUGUUAUGUUUCGGGGGAUAUUAGACAAGAUAGAGGAACACAACUGCAGAAUAAAUUUUGUGUACUGUACCUUUAAGAAAAAUCGAAGAAAUUACUUUGGAUUCCUUGAGCAGUUUCAUUUAUCUUCUCUUUCUCUGAAAAUGAAAUAAGUUGUAGACAAUUGUAAUUGCUUCUAAUAGCAGAUCUGCAUGCAGCAUAAAAUAAAAAGAUAAAUUGUCUUGACACAAAUGUAAAAAAGGGACAGCCCUAGUCACCGAAGCUUGACUGGGGUCGCUGAGAACAUCUUCCAGGGUUAUUUCCCUACUCUCUAAUACUUCCUACAUGGCUGGAUGUCACUGAGUAUCACCCUGGAAGAAGUUCUCAGCGACCCCUGCAGCUCUCUCCUUCCAGGCAGGUAUUGUCCUCUCUGCCUCUUCAGGUCUGUUGCUUCAGCGAGAUCCAGGAGGUCUCUCAUGCCUGGAUGUCCCAGAAUCUGAGCACUGAAUGGGCUUUUAAUCUCUGUCCUCUCCUUAAAGGCCUUCUACAUUAGGCCAGGGCCAUCAUUGCCCUCAUCCUCUGGAGGUUUGUCAUCAGCUAGCCACGGGUACUGCCGGACUGCAUACCACGGUAAAGACUGGUAACCAUCGUCCACCCACAAUUGUUUCCACACCAGCCUCUUAAGUUGAACCACCCAUUGUUCUAGGGGCUGCUCUCACAGGAAAGGUAUCCACAGAUCCAGUUGAUAUUGAUGUUGCUGUUCUGGGGUUGGGAGGGAUUCUCUCUGGAGAACCUGAAUCUCCUGGAUGCCUUCAUCUCCCGAGACAGUGCCAUCAUACUGGAAGAGAGCUUUUUGUAGUCACCACUGAAACUUCAAGGUCUGGCACCUAGAUUUCUGCAUUCCUCCAUUUGCCACUGCACGGGCCUGGCUGGCAAGGCAGAUCUGCCUCUCUUGGUCCAUAUAUGGUGACACUUCAUCCCAGAUAAGUUGCACCACCUCUGCUGAUGGAUUGGCUCCAAAGAAAGCCAAUCUCUCUGACAUGCUCCUCUAAAACUCCUCUGAUGAUAAGGAUGCUGCAUGGAUGCUAGCUCUAUCCAUCUCCUUGAGUCCAAAAAGAUGUGCAGGGGUCCCAGUGGUGUCUUGGGUAUUUCCCCAAUAGCUAGGAGGCCAUCCCACUGCUACCACCAAAUGUGAUGGAGCUCUAGUACUCCGACUGAAUACCUCCACCCAGAUCAGGGACUGAGGAAUGCUUCAGCCCCACUUGAUUGGGGUCACUGAGAACUUCCCUCACCCUGGACCAGGCUGCAGCUCUCUUCCUCCAGGCAGGUAAUGACCCCUCAGCCUUUGCCUCUUCAGCUCCUCUCCCAGGCAGGUAUCCAAACCUUUGCCUAGAUUGUCAGCUACAGCCUUUAAACGUGUGGCUCUCAGGCCAAGCUCUUUUUCACUUGUCCUCAGAUCCAGGGACCAAGCAGCCAACCAACAGGUCCAAAGACUUUAUUACUGGAAUCCCUGAAUAAACCAACACACAGUUCCAAAAGGAACUAACACACGCUGCUUAAUUAUUAUUCAGGACUAGCCCAUAUGUUCAUUACAUCAAACUUUUGGAGACAAACUUAAUUUAAUACAAAUAUUCAAAUCAUAUGGAGCAACAUAGAGGAACUCAUAAUAACACAUUAACAUAUUUAUAAAGGGCUUGGGAGGACAAUAAUUAACAAGAAAUAUCUCCCCUGCCUACAUUAUUUAUAAUAUGCAAAUCUACCUGUAUAUGGAAAUUAACAAGCCUUGUUAUUCAGGUAGUGCAUACAGCUGUUUCAGGAUCCUCACAACCAAGAGAUGGCACUAAUAAAGAUGUCUUGCACGACAACACAAAUACACACAUGCGCUGACCAGCAAGGGUGUGAAAGUACCAUAUUUAACCCCUUAAGGACACAUGACAUGUGUGACAUGUCAUGAUUCCCUUUUAUUCCAGAAGUUUGGUCCUUAAGGGGUUAAAGAAGGAAGCCAAUGGGAUACCACAUCUUCUGAGGAAGUCCAGACAGCAACAGGACAAAAUGCGUUGUCGGUUCCGGGGCUGAAGCCAAGGGUCUCUGCUACCAAAGAUUAUUCUGAUCUAGGGCAAGUACUGCUGCACCUUGAAUCUUGGACUGUAAACUGCGUCUCCUCAUACCAAGCAGUAGGAUUGAGCACUUUAUCUGUAUUUGUGCUUUAUGCUGUGUGUGUGUUUUCAGUUUCCCCUUUAUAAUUGUCUCAUUGCUCCAUAACAUUAGAGUAUAACUUAAUUAUACAGAUCUCAAGUAUCUGGGAUCAGUAUUGGUAUUAUUGGGAGAAAGCUGCCCUCUAGUGGCGGUUUGAGAUAAAUACACUUUUACCAUAAUCUUGGUUCUUGUUUAUUUUUUUUUGCUUUUUUAUAUUGGGCAUUUAUAUAUUUGUUAUUAUUGAUUUAAAAUUGUCACCUUAGUGGAUGGGCAAUAUGUGAGCUCUCUAACUGGCCAGAUACUACAUUGCAACAGCCUUGUACUCGUUUGGAGUGCAGUGCUCCUUAACCCUGUCCUCCAUGCACACCUAACAGUCCUGGAUUUAGGGAUUACCUGGGUGUGUCUAAGGUGUUUAUAAAAUGGGAAGAAAACACCUUAGAGUCUACAGGUGUUUUUUAUUUAGUUUUUUUAAAUCAUUCUUUAUUUUUGAUGUGCAGGAUUACUUACAUAGAUUAACAAUGAAAUUAGAGGUUUAACAUAAUGAGGAUGAACAAGCUUGAGAUCGGAGCCCAAAAUGUCAUGAAAAAAGCACUUUUUUGUUUUGUUUUUUAAUAGUGAAAACAAGAUAACUUCUAGUAGUGUAACUACAGAGUGAACCCUGGAAGGCUUCCAAGUGAGUAGUGUGAGAGGAGAGAAUAAUAUGUAAGGCAAGUAACAGUAUGGAAAAAGAGGAGUAUAAUAUAAUAUAAUGCAAAUAUCAACUUGCGCAAGGUUCGUGAUCAAAGGUUGAUCAGGACCUCAUCAGAGAGACUGUUUCACCCAACACCCUCUGUGGGUCGAACACAGUCCUGCAACAAAGGAACAUUCUUCUGGCCCCUAAGCCCAUAUGGAAACAGGUGAGUCUAGUAGAUUGACAGGAUCUGGGUUCCCCGCUGCACCUCCGACACUCUCGGUAAGGUCUGCAAGGGCUCCUUCUCCCAUGUUGACGAAUGCUGAGGCACUGGAUGGAGCCUGUGUCUCUGCCAUUUUGGGUCCUUCUCCAACGCGUGGGCUCCCGAUGUGGAUGAAGGGAUGGCACGCUGGGUAGGUUGGGACUUGCUUGUGGUGGGUAGUAUUGGUGUAUCCUUCAUUCCAGCUUUCACCAGAAAUCUUCAAAAAUGCGGUCCAGCCUGGCUGAAAUAUCAAGGUGUUCUGAGCUGAAGCUGUGGGAACUGGCAGCGUCCACCUUGAUGAUGGAGUCUCUGCUUGCUUCAUUCGCUCUUUGUUAUUAUUAUUUUUUUAAAUACCUUAGACACAGCUGGGUAAUACCUAAAUCCUGGACUUUUAGGUGUGCCUUGUGGAAAGGGUUGAGGAGCACUAGCGUUGUGAACUUGUAGCAUAUCUUGUCCAAUACAUAUAUUGUAAAGCACUGCAGAAUAUGUUGGAGCUAUUGAAAUGCCAGAAAUAAUACAUGCAGCAUUUAUCGAUCUUCUUCUCAGUUUUAAACAGAUGUUUCCCGAACGCCAACCUCAAAGUUCCUGACAAUUUUACAGUUAACAGCUUGAUCGGAAACCAGACACUUCCUAGUAUUACGAAUGCCUCCAAGUGAGAGACUUUCUCUUCCUUCAUUACUAGUCUUCUCUUUAUUGUGUUCUCUCAUUUUCUUUAUUCUCUGUCUUUAUCCCCUUCAUUUUUAUUUAUACCGGGGGAGGGGGGGGAGGAGGGGGAAACUCUCAUCAUGAUCUCUCCUCUACUGUGAUUUUCUUAACCUGUAAUUUUCUCUCAUUUUUCUUUACAUUUUUUUUUUUUUUUUGACAUUCUUUAUUUCAAUUUUGUUUCAUUCUUCCAAGUUACAAUCAUGCAUUAAUGUGUUUAAACAUGAAUAGACAAUAUGUAUCGGCUUUCAUCAAGGUAAACAGUAUACUUGAACACAACUGGAUAUUAAUCGCAUCUAAAAUGUGCAUUUAGUAACCUUUAUGUGGCAUAUCUUGCGUCGAGAAGCCAAUAUGUGUAGAACUGCGCGUCCAACCAGCUCAUAUUGUGAGCUUUCUGGGAAUUUAAAUUAAACUAGCUCGGGCUGUAGUCAGGUGCAUGAAACAAUCCGUGAUCCUGGUAAGUGGGCGUAUGUUCAAGACUUGAGUUACUGUCUAGUGCCAGGCAGGUAUGUCUAUAUACAGCAGGUGUACCUAUCAUCAGCCUGCACUGCAGCAUGUUACCGCCUCUCGUUGUGGCCUUGUGUCCAGCUUUCCUUUUCCCUCUUCCCCGUGUCACCCUCCCCCGCCCCUCUCCACUCCCUUUCCACUUGUGUAGUUAUAUUUCCCUCUGUGAGUCGCGUGUAGUGCACUUAUCAGGUUGGUAGUCGUAUGUCUUGUGAUAGUAGAGCUAGCACCGUGUUUACGAGCCUCCCAGUUGUAGGGUUCGGGUAGAUACGUGUGUAUUAUGACCUAUCGGCCCGGGGCUAUGUUUUAUGGGACGUUGAUUUGUGCGUAACUGUAGGUUGCUGCCUCCGUCCCUAGUAGGUUCGUGUGGGGAGUCCUUCCCAUGGUGUUCUCUUGGUAAGGUGGUGGGAGGCCUAGGAGUCGUAUCCCCACCUCCCCCUCAGUCUUUCUGUCCGGCUAGUCCCCACUAGUCUGAUGUUUAGGUAUGCGUGCUCUGGCCGUUGGUAGGGAGCGUGGAGGAUGCGCGGGGGACGUUGGGGGCAAGUAGCUAGGCAUUACCUAUCUUAAUGUAUUGUGUACGUCCUCCGCCUUCAUGUGUUGGGGUGUCUCUCUCCCCCCUCCCUCUUCUACCCAAUCUAUCUUUCUAUGUUCCCUUCAGUUUCGGGGGUUAGUUUACCGUUGUUGGUGCCAGUUGCAUCUCAGACCUUGGGGAUCUCGGCGGGCUCAGAUUGCGUUGGUGUUGUCUGUGCGCACCGUGAGUCUCUUUCUGUCCAUCCUAUUGUAUGUAUCAGCUUUUGUGUUUCGGGAUACUUCCUGUCCUUGCUUUAUUUGUCCAUGCCUAGUUUCUGUCGGGGGUGGAGGGUCUGGGGUUGGGAUAGGGUCGGGAUGGGUUGUGAGUUAUGUCCAUUCUUGUGGGUUUUAAUCGGUCAUACUGGCUCCGGAGGGGGCGAGGUCCCCAGCCGGGGGUGUAUGUGCCACCGCAGCGGCCCCCCCCCUCCUCCCCGCAUCUGCUCCAGCUGCCACCUUGGAUACAUAGUCCAUCCACGGGAACCAAGUCAGGGAACAUUUUUCCGCGCGACCCUGCAGGGAGGCCGUCAUCCUUUCCAUAUUAUAGAUCUCUUCAACCCUGUCUAUCCAUUGUUGGUAUGUGGGAGCUGUGGGGUUUUUCCACAUCGUCGGAAUGAGUGUUUUUGCAGCCGUCAACAGGUGUAUGACGAGGCCUCUCUUGUAUGCUUUCAGGGGUGUGUGGGUGUGAUUUAGCAACAUUGGCAGUGGCUGGAAAGGUAUCUCUGUUCCCGUAAUUUCUUUUAUCAAUCGGUGGACCAUUCGCCAGAAGGGUAUGAUGUGCGUGCACUUCCACCAAAUGUGUAUUCCGGUGCCUAAUUCUGUGCCGCACCGCCAGCAUUCGCCUGGGACCGAGACGUGGAUGUGCCGUAGCACAUCAGGGGUCCGGUACCAGUGUGUCAAAAUUUUGUAAUUACAUUCUUGGAAUUUAGUGCUUAUGGAUCCCUUGUGUGUGAGUUGGAAUAUUUUAUCCCAUUCGCUAUCUGUGAGUAUGACAUCUGCGUCUCUUUCCCAUCGUGUAGUGAACCCCAGCGGUGGUUUGUUACCGCUGUUUUGGAGCAUGGUAUACAGGAUCGAGACUCCAUGUGGGAGGUGGUGUCUGUCUGUGCAUAAUUGUUCCAGGUAGAGCAGUGGACGGUGCAGGUGUCCCCUGCCUUUCAGAGCGGCAGCGUACGUUUUUAUUUGAUGGUAUCGAAACUCGUCCAUUCUAGUUGGUCGGCGGUCUUGUAGUAGAUCUCCUAUUGUUUUUAGGUUCGGCCCGUCACACCAUUGGCUCAUGUAUACCCAGUCUGUGGCUCCCAAGUUCCUGAGGUCGGCCGGGCUAAGCCCUCCCGCCAGCUUUGGGUUGUUGGUGAUAGGUGUAAGCGGGUUGGGGGACGUCGUGAGGUUCCCGUUGUAGCGAACCCUGCACCAGACCUGCAGCGUGGCGUUUAUCAUUGGGUUGUCCGUGCGUAUGUUCUCAAAGGAUGUUUCGCCCAGCCACAGUUGGGCGGGGAUUUUGCCUAGGGCUUGUUGUUUUUCUAUGUGGACCCAUUGUUUAGUGGUCGGGUUAGCGUGCCAAUCGACCAGUCGAUGUAUGUGGGUUGCCUGGUAGUAUGUGGUGAUCGACGGGAGUCCCGUUCCUCCCUGGCUUUUUGGUCGUUCUAAGGUGGACCGUUUCACGCGUGAUGGUUUGUGGUUCCAGACGAACUGUCGGAUGGUAGUCGUAAUUGCUUGAAAGAACCCUCUGGGGAUAGAUGUUGGUAAUGUCUGGAAUAGGUAUAGAAUGCGAGGCAUGACAUUCAUUUUUAUCGCGUUUAUGCGUCCAAACCAGGAGAUGUACUGGGCCGUCCACCGUUUUAUAUCCAGUUGUAAGGUUGCUAGAAGGGGUGCGAAGUUCAGUUGGUAUAUGCGCGUCGUGUCCUCGGGUAGCCAGACGCCAAGAUAUCUCAAUUUGGAGGUGCAUAUUCUGAAGGGGAAUUGCGUUUGGAUGUGUUGCUGGAGAGUCGCGUCCCUCGUGAGCAGCAUUGCCUCGGAUUUAUCCAGAUUUAGCUUGAGGUUGGAUACCUCGCUGUAGGUUCGGAAUGUGUCCAGGAGGUUCGGUGUCGACACCCUAGGUUGCUCCAGGAAAAAUAGCAUGUCGUCGGCAUAGGCCGCUACUCGAUGUUCCUGUCCGCCUAUGCUAAAUCCCGUGAUCCCUCCAUGCCGUCUGACCGCUUCGAGGAAGGGUUCGAGGGUGAGGGCGAAUAGAAGGGGGGAUAGGGGGCAUCCUUGCCUUGUGCCAUUGCUUAUGUCAAAUGAGUCGGUCAGGGCUCCAUUGACACGUAUGCGUGCAGUCGGCGUGGUGUAUAGCGCGGCUACCCAGGUUCGCAGCCGUGGACCAAACCCCAUGUGACUCAGGGUCGCUGCCAUGUAAUCCCAGUCUACCCGGUCAAAUGCCUUUUCGGCGUCGGUGGAUAGAAGCACCAUGUCUCGUUUGCCGGCCACUGUUGCGUGUAUGAUGUUAAGGGCUCGGAUGGUAUUGUCCCUAGCCUCCCUCCCGGGUAUGAACCCGACCUGGUCCGGGUGGAUCAGGUCGGGGAGCGUCUGCGCUACUCUGGUGGCCAUGGCUUUGGCGAAGAGUUUUAUGUCCGCGUUUAGUAGGGAGAUUGGACGGUAGCUGGCACAGUUAGUUGGGUCUUUUCCUUCCUUCGGUAUGAUCACGACCGUUGCCCUCAGGGUGUCCGUAGGGAAUCGUCCUCCUUCUUGGAGGGAAUUGAUUCCGGUGAGGAGUCUAGGAAGGAGAACGUCCUUAAAGGUGCGUAUAUACGCUAUAGGGAGGCCGUCUGGUCCCGGAGCCCUGUGGGGUUUGGAUGUUUUCAAGGCUCCCGCUAAUUCCUCAAUUGUAAUGGGUUGUUCUAGGUCGGCCUCUUGUUCAGGCGUCAGUUUACGGGUGGUAUGUUCUUCCAAGUAUGCAGCUAUCCGUGCCUGGUGUUGUGCUACUGUAUUUCCCGUUUUGUGCUGUGCUUGGUCGUAUAGCGUCCUGUAAUAUUCUUUGAAAGCCGUUAGGAUGCCCUCCGGAAGCCGGGUGAUAGCGCCUUCUUUCGUGUGUAUCUUGUGGACGUGUCGUGUUCUCCGUUUUUCCUGGAGCAUCUUCGCCAACAGCCGUCCACUUUUAUUCGAAUGUUCGUAGAAGUAUCGGGAUGUUUUCCUGGCUGUGUGGAGUAGUCCUUGGGUCAAUAUGUCCCGAAGCUCUCUGCGAGUUUCCGUGAGUCGGAGGUAUGUGUUAUCAUCCAAAGUGGAUUUAUGGGUUUGCUCAAGCUCAGCUAUGCGGCUUGUCAGGUUAGCAAUUUGCGUCGUCCUUUGUUUUUUGCGGCGGGUGCAGCUCGUGAUAAGGUGUCCACGGAUGACACACUUAUGCGCUUCCCAGAGAGUCAGUGGCUGUAUGUCCGGACUUUCAUUUGUCGAGAAGUAGUCAUUUAGGGCCUGGUUCAUAGCUGUGGUAAAUUCCAGGUCGUCCAGCAUGGAUUCAUUAAGUUUCCACUGUCUGUCUCUGGGUUUAAAGAGCGGGGAUUGUGUAUCGAUCAGAACCGGUGCGUGGUCAGAGUGGUCCAUGAUGCCGAUGUCUGCGCUACGUAGUAGGUUAAGAUACUCCUGGGCCAUGAAAAUGUAGUCGAUUCGACUAUAGUGUCCGUGUACCGCGGAGUAGUGGGUAUAGUCUCGGGCGUCUGGGUGGUACGUCCUCCAGCAGUCCACUAGCCCCAUCUUGUGCAGGAGUCGUUGCGUGGCUUUCAGGCAGUGUGUGGGGAUCGCACUUUGGCCCCUCGAGGUGUCACGUAUGGGGUCCAACGGCAUGUUUAGAUCUCCUGCUGCUAUCAGUAGGCCCCCUCUGAACUUCUCCAGUUUGGCUAGCGCCUGGCGCAUGAACGUGUGUUGCUUUCUGUUUGGUCCGUAUAAGCACGCGAAGGUGUAUUCAUGGUCUGCGAUGGUGCCUCUCAAGAAGAGGAACCUCCCAUUCGGGUCUGCUAGAGUUUGUGUAGUUUGGAAUGGCACCGAGUGGGCGAAUAGAAUGGCGACUCCGGCCUUUUUGGUGUCGGGGUGGUUAGCGUAGAAACCCAAAGGGAAUCGCCGGUUUUCUAAUUUGGGUGCGUCUCCACCUUUGAGAUGGGUUUCUUGCAGGAAAACGACGGAGGCCUUAGCGCUCCACAGUCGGCGGUGCAAGUGGGCCCGUUUUUCUGGGGAGUUGAGUCCCUGGACGUUGUUAGACCAAUACGUCAGCUGGGCCGGGGCAAACGCCCGGGUGGCAGCCAUUUUGGGAGGGGGGGGGCCCCGCCCGCAGCGGCACAGGAGGGGCGAGGGGGAAGGCUGUCGUCUAGAGUGCGGGUUUUAGGGGGAUAGGGUUAUCUGGGGUCAGUAGGACCCGUGAGCGGGGUUAGUUUGGGUGUGACGUCGACCCUGUACCGGAUUUUGGGGGUUCUCGGGGGUUGGUUACCUGACCUUCCCUGAGGUUCCGGUAUAAUUUACAGGAGGGUCUGUCUCAGUGAGGAACAGUGUCGUCUUGACCAAUGGGGUGGUUCGGUCUAGUGGUCAAUUGUCAUCUACUAUCUCCUUCGGCUCCCAACCUGUAUUGGACUUUCGUAUUAGCUAUGUCUCUCUGUGUAGUGUUGAAGAUGGGGUGCAUGGUAGCGGGUCUCUGCUCCCGCAUGUCGCUAUGGGGCCGUUUGUGUGUCUUGUUGUGUGCUGUUAAGGGGGUGCGUCCCUCCCAGUCUCCCCCUUCAUUAUGCGUGUUCGUGGCUGUCUGAGCGAAACCCUUGCUCAUCCAUGGCCGUAUUUGGGUCGGGGUUCAGCGGUGUUAUUGGGAAGAGUUGGUGCAUGUGUGCGCGGUGGGUCCGCACGAGUCAGUGGCGCCGGGCGUGGGGUGUUACCUCCUGUCGGCGCGGUGUCAGACGGGCUGAGUUUGGGUCCGAUCGUCCCGGAGUGGUGCCCUUGAUGUCUGCCCGUGGCUUGGGUUCCGUUAGGCGGGCCCAAGGAUCGCUAUUCGGGUCCCAAGUCUCGUCAUCUGGGGGCCCCGUUGCCGUCCGUCUUGGAGGGCUUCUCCAGCUUGGGGCAUAUCGGGGGUGUGCGGCGUCGUGGUAGUGUGUCUGCCUCGUUACUGUCUGGUAAGUGUAGCGUGCGUGGCACGUGGGGGAGCAGGAGUGAAUGCGCAUGCAGGUCAGGGACGGACUGUGUGCGGGGGGGGGGUCAUGCCUGCAGCUGAGUUACUGUCUUUGUUUUGCUACGUUAAAGGCCGAGCAGUCCCUGAUCCCCUCAGUCUGUCUUCUGUGUUCGCGUGAUGUGUCCCUCAUCCCCCCCCUCCACAUCUGUCAGCCCGUCCCCCGUGAUUCCCGAGUAUUGUGCCAUUGUCGUGCCCUAGACGUCCGUACAUCUCUUUGGUCCACUUAUAAACACUCUUAGCCCCUCCCUAUGUGAUCGCUGAUGCACUGGGCCCGGUGUGACGCACAGGGUAUCUCUUCUAGUGCGUAUAUGUGUCACUCUGAUGGGCGCUCUUUGCGGCUACCGUGGGCAUUAACUUAUCUAGUGGAAUAUUUACAGCAGUGGGCCCUCCCGUCUACCACUCUAGUUCCCAACAUGUGACACCCGUGUCCCUCGUUAACCAAACACCACCACCCACUCCCGGAUCCCCCCCUGACCUCCCGGCAACAGUUCGAUCUGCUGUCCGUUGUACAGCUAUGUUUAGCAACCGUUUGAGGUGGGAAUUCGUCCUGUUGAGGGCCUGGUUGCCUUCUUUGGGGAGUUCCACUUUGUCCCAUGAGACCCCUCUCCCAUGAAAUUCCCCCCCUCCCAACCUGGCAGGGAACCCCGCUGUAGGAGCUUGGCUUUUGGUAGGACCGGGUGGUACUAUCCUCUAUAGCUGACCCCCGGGCUGCCCCGCCACCCCACCUAGACAGGCUCCCCCCUUGCCCCUUGACUAGUGUAGUGGCAGAGUACAUACCCUUGGCUGGCCGGAGCGUGGAAAGUCCCGGGCUGGGAGGAAUCCGAAGGGGAGAAGGGCCACGGCCGCAGGGUUCCGGUGCCGGAGCGGCUCAGGGGGGGUAGUUCCCGUGGCUGUUUAGGGACGGUGUUGGUUUAUUCUUCCGAGUUCUCCGGGCCUCCCCUGCGUUGUGGAGGGGUGGGUCCCGGGCGGAGGUUAUGAGCUACUUCUGACGGACCCGUGGCCCGGGCUGGGGGACCCUCCAGGAUCCAAUUCGGGAUCUGUAUCAUGGGUAGGCCCGCGGCUUGUAGAAAGCGGGGGACGUCGUUCGGCCAGCGGAUUAUGUGCCAGACAUUGCCUGAGCGGGCUUGGAGGCUGAAUGGGAACCCCCAUUUAUACGGAACCCUUCUCUCCUGCAGCAUCCGUGUCAGUGGUCUAAGUGCUCGGCGGGCAUCCAGGGUAAUAGUGGACAGGUCCUGGAAGAGGGAGACCUGGGAGUCCAUGUAUGUGAUCCUUUGCUGCGCCCUCGCUGCUUGCAUUAUGGCCUCCUUUAGUUGGAAGGAUUCUAGGGAGCAGAUGAUGUCGCGUGGGAGGCCGUCCCUUCUAGGUGCCCGCAGGGCUCUGUGGGCCCUUUCCAGACCGAAGUCACCAGGAGCCUCACUGCCCAUGAGGUGUGUGAACAGGCCUGUUAGGACUUCUUGGGGGAUUUCUCCCUCAGUUUCUGGGAGGCCUCGGACCCUUAUGUUUUUGCGACGACCUCUGUUGUCGAGGUCCUCCACUUGGCGGCGGAUGUCCAGGAGAAUGUUUCCCUGCCGCCCCGUAGCCAGUUCAGCCGCUUGCAUUGUUUGGGUGUGCUGGAGGCGGUCUUCCUCCAAGCUACCUAUGCGUUGUUCCAGGGCCGAGAGGUCCCUGCGGACCGCCGUGAUCUCCUCCCGGAUAACGGCCUUCAAUUCCGCGACCAUGUCUGACUUAUCUUUGCGGGUGAGCAUGUUAUUAGUUAUAGUUGCCAGGUCUGCAGAUAUUUGGGUCAGCGUAGGGGUCGCCGGAGGAGUCUGGUCCGAGAGCGCCAUGCUUGAGGUCGGAGAGGACGGCGUCGGCGUGGCGGGGCCGUCCAGGCCUCGCGGGCCCUGGGAUGCCUGUAAGUAUUCGUCCAUCGGGCCGGGGUUAUAUUUCGCCGGCGUGACACCGGAGUUACCAGCUGUGUUUGUCCUCUUGCUUUUCCCCAUCUUUUUUGGCUGUUUAUGGCGCUAUUUGCCGGGGUUUACCAGGUUGGGGCCUAGGAGCUUAGGAGUAGUGCGUCUUACUCCAUCGGUAGUCAGGACACGCCCCUCUUACAUUUUGUUUUAUGAUUGGUGUCCAUUAUUGUCUUUCCAUUAUUAAUUUUUUUUUUCCAGUCUGUUUUUUCAAGUUAUUUUGCUGGUCAUUUUUAGAAUUUCUUUCUCUCCUUUUUUUCCUAUUUCAGUGCCAUAGCGAACACCUUCAACUUGCAAAACUUGGGGAAGAAAAUAUUUGAGGAUUUUGCAAAGUCCUGGAUUUGGAUCCUUGUGUGAGUGUCCGCUAAGUUCUAACCUAUGUUUUUCCACUUUGUAUCCAAGAUACUCAUUGUUAUCAUGUAAUAUAAUGAUUAUCAUCCAUUUAUCUUACUGUAAAAGCAUUUUCCACAUAGGGUUGGAAAUAAAAUAUUAUGUCACCAGUGGAAGAUGUAUAUCGGCAUAAUUGAGUAAAAAAAAAAGAUCUGACCAUAUUUCGGUCUUGCUUCUAGAUGUUCUUGACUUACAGGAAGUAUUUUUUAAUCCUCAGAAUAAUGUUUUAUUACUCACCAUUUUCAGUAUGGUCCCAUUAAUGGCUCCAUUAUACUAGAAGCUGACACAUAAUUUUUGUGAAAGAUUUGGUAUCAUGUCUCUCAAUAGUAUUGGUGAAUGUGUGGUCCUGUCUCUCCUCUCUUCCUCCCCAGUGGACUGGUUAUAGCUAUGCUGGUCAGCCUCCUGUUCCUCCUCCUCCUUAGAUUCACUGCUGGGAUCCUAGUCUGGGUCCUCAUCAUUGGUGUCAUUGGAGUCACGGCAUAUGGUAUAACUCUUAACAGAAAUUUUUGCAGUACUUCUAUCUAUACCUGGAACUAUGUGGCCUAAUUAAAUAUUUUCAUUGAAAUCUAAAUCAUCUCUUCACCUCUAUGCUCACGCUAUCUCUUUACUAUAAAUCACCCAUCACUCGCCCUCUGUGCCCAAGCUAUCUCUUUACUAUAAAUCACCCAUCACUCGCCCUCUGUGCCCAAGCUAUCUCUUUACUAUAAAUCACCCAUCAUUCGCCCUCUGUGCCCAAGCUAUCUCUUUACUAUAAAUCACCCGUCACUCGCCCUCGAUGCCCAGGCUAUCUCUUUACUAUAAAUCACCCGUCACUCACCCUCUGUGCCCAAGCUAUCUCUUUACUAUAAAUCACCCAUCACUCGCCCUCUGUGCCCAAGCUAUCUCUUUACUAUAAAUCACCCGUCACUCGCCCUCGAUGCCCAGGCUAUCUCUUUACUAUAAAUCACUCGUCACUCACCCUCUGUGCCCAAGCUAUCUCUUUACUAUAAAUCACCCAUCACUCGCCCUCUGUGCCCAAGCUAUCUCUUUACUAUAACUCACCCAUCACUCGCCCUAGGUGCCCAAGCUAUCUGUUUACUAUAAAUCACCUGUCACUCACCCUCUGUGCCCAAGCUAUCUCUUUACUAUAAAUCACCCAUUACUCACCCUCUGUGCCCAAGCUAUCGCUUUACUAUAAAUCACCCAUUACUCACCCUCUGUGCCCAAGCUGUCUCUUUACUAUAACUCACCCAUCACUCCCCUCUGUGCCCAAGCUAUCUCUUUACUAUAAAUCACCCAUCACUCGCCCUGUGCCCAAGCUAUCUCUUUACUAUAAAUCACCCUUACUCGCCCUCUGUGCCCAAGCUAUCUCUUUACUAUAAAUCACCAUCACUCCCCUCUGUGCCCAAGCUGUCUCUUUACUAUAAAUCACCCACCAAUAUUUCCUAUAAAACCUGGAUGUACAAUAAUCUCACUCUGUGUCUAAGUGUAUCAGAGAUUGAAGCAAACGUCAUUGAUUAAUGUUUUCAUUCCUUCUCCUAGGGAUAUAUCACUGUUACACAGAGUACGAUGCGCUGAAUAAAAGUGGAAGUACAAUCCAGAAUGUUGGUUUUACUGUGAACAUAGGUGUUUACUUCAAUGUGAAGGAGACAUGGCUGGCUAUUAGUGAGUAUGACCCUACUCUCUAAUACUUCCUACAUGGCCGGCUAUCAGUGAAUAUUAACUUACUCUCUAAUACUUCCUACAUACCCGGCUAUCAGUGAAUAUUCACUUACUCUCUAAUACUUCCUACAUGGCCAGCUAUCAGUGAAUAUUCACUUACUCUCUAAUACUUCCUACAUGGCCGGCUAUCAGUGAAUAUUCACUUACUCUCUAAUACUUCCUACAUGGCCGGCUAUCAGUGAAUAUUAACUUACUCUCUAAUACUUCCUACAUAGCUGGCUAUCAGUGAAUAUUCACUUACUCUCUAAUACUUCCUACAUAGCCGGCUAUCAGUGAAUAUUAACUUACUCUCUAAUACUUCCUACAUGGCUGGCUAUCAGUGAAUAUUCACUUACUCUCUAAUACUUCCUACAUGGCCAGCUAUCAGUGAAUAUUCACUUACUCUCUAAUACUUCAUACAUGGCCAGCUAUCAGUGAAUAUUCACUUACUCUCUAAUACUUCCUACAUGGCCAGCUAUCAGUGAAUAUUCACUUACUCUCUAAUACUUCCUACAUACCCAGCUAUCAGUGAAUAUUAACUUACUCUCUAAUACUUCCUACAUGGCUGGCUAUCAGUGAAUAUUAACUUACUCUCUAAUACAUGGCUGUCCAACCUGCAGCCCCUCAGAUGUUGCUGAACUACAACUCCCAUGAUUCCCUGGCUAUCUAUUUCAUUAAAAGACUCAUGGGAGUUGUAGACAGCCCUGCUCUAAUACUUCCUACAUGGCUGGCUAUCAGGGAGUAUUACCCUACUCUCUAAUACUUCCUACAUGGCCGGCUAUCAGGGAGUAUUACCCUACUCUCUAAUACUUCCUACAUGGCCGGCUAUCAGGGAGUAUUACCCUACUCUCUAAUACUUCCUACAUGGCUGGCGAUCAGUGAGUAUUAACUUACUCUCUAAUACUUCCUACAUAGCCGGCUAUCGGUGAAUAUUAACUUACUCUCUAAUACUUCCUACAUAGCCGGCUAUCAGUGAAUAUUAACUUACUCUCUAAUACUUCCUACAUAGCCGGCUAUCAGGGAGUAUUACCCUACUCUCUAAUACUUCCUACAUGGCCGGCUAUCAGUGAGUAUUACCCUACUCUCUAAUACUUCCUACAUGGCCGGCUAUCAGGGAGUAUUACCCUACUCUCUAAUACUUCCUACAAGGCUGGCGAUCAGUGAGUAUUAACUUACUCUCUAAUACUUCCUACAUAGCCGGCUAUCAGUGAAUUUUACCUUACUCUCUAAUACUUUCUACAUAGCUGGCUAUCAGUGAAUUUUAACUUACUCUCUAAUACUUCCUACAUAGCCGGCUAUCAGUGAGUAUGACCCUACUCUCUAUUACUUCCUACAUAGCCGGCUAUCAGUGAGUAUUACCCUUCUGUCUAAUACUUCCUACAUAGCCGACUAUCAGUGAGUAUGACCCUACUCUCUAUUACUUCCUACAUAGCCGACUAUCAGUGAGUAUGACCCUACUCUCUAUUACUUCCUACAUAGCCGGCUAUCAGUGAGUAUUACCCUACUCUCUAAUACUUCCUACAUGGCCGGCUAUCAGUGAGUAUGACCCUACUCUCUAUUACUUCCUACAUGGCCGGCUAUCAGUGAAUAUUACCCUACUCUCUAAUACUUCCUACAUAGCCGGCUAUCAGUGAAUAUUACCCUACUCUCUAAUACUUCCUACAUAGCCGGCUAUCAGUGAAUAUUACCCUACUCUCUAAUACUUCCUACAUGGCUGGCCAUCACCACACUAAUGCUCCGUGUUAGACUAACAACCGCUAUUAACCAUUAGUCUCUUUAUAAUCCCUUCAGAGGCACUGGGGAUGUAUUUUGCAUAUAUAUAUAUAUAUUUUUUUCCAAUAUCUAUAAAAAAAAUAAAAAUAAAGUGCAUUUUAUAAUAACUGAAGUUUGAGAUUACAUAAUUACAUAUAUAUUAUGUGUCCUAUCUUGAUAUAUAUCUUGAGAUUGUCACUUUUAUACUGUCUUCAUCUGUUAUACUUAUGUCUCAAUAAAAAUAGACUGACAAAAAAAAUGAUACAACUGCACUGAUUUUCUUACAACUUGCAACCUUUCAUUGCCCUAGUGACUUGUCUCUCUCUCUCGUCUGCAGUGAUCAUACUAAUUGUGGUGGAGGUGAUCCUUCUCUUACUUCUACUGUUCCUCAGGAAGCGGAUUCUCAUUGCAAUCGCUCUGAUUAAAGAAGCCAGCAAGUGAGUGAGGGCGUGUGGAACUUACCUCUUGUGUAGAAGGAGGAGAAAAUCUAUAAUAAGCAUGUUCUCUCUCUCCACAGGGCUAUUGGUCACAUAAUGUCCUCUCUUUUUUACCCUGUCGUGACUUUCGUCCUCCUGUUGGUCUGUAUAACAUACUGGGGGAUAACUGCCUUGUAUCCUUUAACAUUGAUGGAGCCAGACCCUCUGGGGCUUUUUACCAAGUCAGACCUCAUGGAAGAAAUCUGGGCAUAUUUUGCAAGUGAUGAGACUUAAUAGAGAGAUGCAAUCAAAUGAUCACAAUUGGGGGGGACGGGAUGUAUAAUUAGUCCAUAGGGAACAAAGAUUUGCAAUUCACUGUCUAGAGAAAAGGGGUUUGUGGAGUCAAGCUUGGCUUAUAGUCAACAGAACAACUACAACUUAUUGUUUUUGUUAUGGUGAGUAUAAUCAUUCCCUUCUGGCUUUUUGCAGUAAACACUUGUUUACAGCCUAGGGAUACCUUCACACAGAGGCGUACCUAGAGCAUUUGGCACCCGGCGGGUCCUAUUUUUGUCACCCUCCCCCACUUUAAAAUGUAAAAAACAAUCACAAUUUUUUUGAAUGCACUUAGCACUGAGCAGUGUUUGUGUUUUUGAUUGUUAGCAUGUUUGUGUAUGGAGUAUGUUUGAGUAAAUGUAGAGAUGUGUUUGUAUGUAGUGUUGGCAUUUGAAUGCAAGCAUUCAUUUGUGUGUAGUGUGGUUUUUGAAUGCAGUGGUGUGGUUAUAUUGAAUGGUGGGGUUUGUAUGUAGUGUUGACGUUAAAAUGAAGGGGUGUAUUUGUGUGUAGUGUUGGUGAGAUUCUGAGAUGUAUGCACAUAUACACACUGACACACAUGCAGAUACUUAUAUACUCAUGCAGAUACAUAGACACACAGAUACACUGACACACAUGCAGACACAGUGGCGACACUAGGAACAAUACAUGUGGGGGUGGGGGCACAUAAAAUUCCACAGUCAAAAUUGGUGGGGCACUAAAACAUUUCACUAGGGGAUGGGGUAAUAUGCUCCCAUUGGCUGUCUGAUGCCAGCUGGCAUCCGGCAACAAAUUUGCAUAGAAUUCACAUAAGCCACUCAGAUUUCUUGUUGUGGGCUGGCUGACACCUUUAAACUUCGAUCUUUGUUUAUCAGAUAACUCCCGUAUUUGCUUGCUACAUACACACAUUUAAUAAGAGGUCCACCCCACCUUCCUACCUUGCUCUAGGAAGGCUAGAGUGGAGGGCUGGUGGUAAGUGGUUGCUGUUGGGAUCUCUGUGCUCUUCCUGCACAGGUCCCUUGCGUGCACUGUAAUGAUGCUGAUGCCGGGAUGACGUCAUAUUCCAGCUGCCGGCUCACUGCAGGGCAAAGACAGUCAGAUGCACACAGUUAUACACAUAUACUGUCAAAUACAGCCACAGGCACAUAGUCAUUCGCACACAGUCAAACACACAGUUACAGGCAGAUAGUCACACACAAAUACUUACAGGCAGUAGCAUGCACAAUUACAGGCAGACUGUAACAGUUACAGUCACAGGUAGACCGUGUCACACACAGUCACAGGUAGACCGUGUCACACACAGUCACAGGUAGACCGUGUCACACACAGUCACAGGUAGACCGUGUCACACACAGUCACAGGUAGACCGUGUCACACACAGUCACAGGUAGACCGUGUCACACACAGUCACACACUGGCACAGGCAGGCUACACACAGUCAUAGGCAGACAGUCACACACACAGUCACAGACAGGUCAAACACACAGCCAAAUCCAUUCACACACACAGUUACAGGCAAACUGUCACACAGUCACAAACUGACAGUCACACAUACAGUCACACACACAAUCACAGGCAAACACUCACAGGCAGACAGUCACACAUACAGUAACAGGCAGUCAGCCCCACAUAAGUGACUGCAUAUUACAAGAUGUCAACAUUAGGGGUUGUGUUAAUGUAAAAUGGUUCAUUGGCCCUUUAACUGACCCCCAUCAGAUACCUUGCUACGUCUGGAGCUCCAUUAUACAUAGUGUCUGUUGCAAACACAACGUUCCCAGGAUGUGCAAAUAUCACUGGCAAUAAGACCUGUGAUCCUAUGGUGAGUGCCACUUGUGUGAGAGUCAGUGUGUGGCUGUUUGGAACCACAUAUGUGUUUGUGUUACUGGUGACAUGAGAAUCUGUGACUGUGUUGAUAUAAAUGGGGCAUUGUUCAUUAAAUGUAGCUGUGUUUUUAUCUCCAACAGACAUUCAAUGCUUCCAGUACAGGCUGCAGUGAAGCUCAGUGUAUUUUCUAUAAGUACAAUACUGAGGGACUCUACCAGACCAACCUCUUCAACCUGCAGAUAUACAAUGUCAUCGGGUUUCUGUGGUGCAUGAAUUUUGUCAUUGCUCUUGGACAGUGCGUGAUGGCUGGAGCAUUCGCGUCCUACUACUGGGCCUUCAACAAACCCAGAGACAUCCCUUUCUUCCCAGUAUCUGCUGCCUUCAUGAGAACACUCAGGUGAGUCUAGAAAGUUUUGAUUAUAAUGUCCAAUGCUCUGUCAAUGCACUAUCGCUUUAUCAGUGUCUUCCUAUGUACAUAAACAAAGUAAAUCCUGAUUCUGGGUUCUUAGGGGGAGCUUGUGUUGAGGAAGUGAAAGGAAAUGAGUUUAGGGAUGGGAAUACUUUGGCCAAGUGUUUUAGUGGUGUCAGAACGUGAGAUGCUCACCUGCUGUUCUAAUAAAUAGAGGAAACAUUUUUCAGAGUAAUUUCUUUUUGUAGGUCUGUUUGAUAAUCUCCCCCCAAUGGAAUAUUGUGUGCAAAAUGAGAGCAGCACCUAAUGUCAUUUUUCAAUGAUAAAGCUUCCUGUUUAAGGUAGUUAUCGCAGGUUUGCAGUUCUGCUCUUUUACAUGACCCUAACGAACCAGGGGUCACAUAGAAUUGAUUCAAUUUUUUUAGUAUUGUGUGUAUUUAUCCAGAGACUACUCUAAAGUAUUAAUUACUGUUCUUUAUACGUCUCUCACCCCCCCUUUUUUUUUCUCAUCCAAUACCCUUUUCUCUUAGAUAUCACACUGGAUCACUAGCAUUUGGAGCCCUGAUUCUCACCAUCAUCCAAGUCAUCAGGAUCAUGCUGGAAUAUCUUGACCACAAACUGAAAGGUAAUGUUAUCAAACAAGGGGAGAAGGCCAUCACCCUGUUUGACAAUGACCAUUGUUGAGUGGUAGCCAAUGAUUUUAAUUCAGUUUUGUUGCUUAGCAAGACAAAAGCCAGACAGCAUAAACAAGUCUCCUAGAAUUACCAGUUAUUGUUACUCUCCACUAGAACAGGGCGGGUUCCCCCAAGACCAGAACCAAGCAAUAGAUCGGUAAGAAGCUAUAAUAAGGGGGGACAGAAAAGUAUUCCCAUGGAAGGCGAGCGAGAGCUAGAACCUCCCCUGGGACUACACCACCAGAAGAUUUACUGGGAGGACAUCCAUCCAUGGAGUCCAAAUCAUCUUUGGCUUUUUUUUGUUAUUUAGAUCGGAAGCAACCAAUAACCUCAUCUGAAUUUGAAUAGUACUUAUUAUAUGCAGAUAUUAUUAGUGCUAAACCAAAAGGUACUCACUCUGUUAGAUCUUGGAGGAUAUCAAGCUGCUGGGCAUUAAAUCUGUAAUGCCAACAUCUGAGCUAUUCUAGUGGCUGUUAUGCAUUGCCAUUCUUAGUUGAAAUUGAACCUAUACUGAUGGAUUCAUUUCAUAGAGCUUUCUAUUCUUCCCAGACGUCCAUAAUCCCUGUACACGCUUCCUCCUCUGCUGCCUGAAAUGCUGCUUCUGGUGUCUGGAGAAAUUCAUCAAAUUCCUAAACCGCAAUGCAUAUAUAAUGGUAACUCUUCUUCUGGAAAUAUACUGUGUACACUUUAUUAAGGGGACUAGUCAAUGUAUAUUGGUGAAAAUUCAUCUGUGUACACUAUACUCAAAUGUAUGCAGCAUACUGGGGUUCUUCCUCUGUAUACACUGUAACUGGAGAACACACAAUGUGUCCAACACUCUCCUGUAUACACUGUAACUGGAUAACACACAAUAUGUCCAACACUAUCCUGUAUACACUGUAACUGGAGAACACACAAUGUGUCCAACACUCUCCUGUAUACACUGUAACUGGAUAACACACGAUGUGUCCAACACUCUCCUGUAUACACUGUAACUGGAUAACACACAAUGUGUCCAACACUAUCCUGUAUACACUGUAACUGGAUAACACACUAUGUGUCCAACACUCUCCCGUAUACACUGUAACUGGAGAACACACAAUGUGUCCAACACUCUCCUGUAUACACUGUAACUGGAUAGCACACAAUAUGUCCAACACUAUCCUGUAUACACUGUAACUGGAGAACACACAAUGUGUCCAACACUCUCCUGUAUACACUGUAACUGGAUAACACACGAUGUGUCCAACACUCUCCUGUAUACACUGUAACUGGAUAACACACAAUGUGUCCAACACUCUCCUGUAUACACUGCAACUGGAUAACACACAAUGUGUCCAACACUCUCCUGUAUACACUGUAACUGGAUAACACACUAUGUGUCCAACACUCUCCUGUAUACACUGUAACUGGAUAACACACAAUGUGUCCAACACUCUCCUGUAUACACUGUAACUGGAUAACACACAAUGUGUCCAACACUCUCCUCUAUACACUGUAACGGGAUAACACACAAUGUGUCCAACACUAUCCUGUAUACACUUUAACUGGAUAGCACACAAUAUGUCCAACACUCUCCUGUAUACACUGUAACUGGAUAACACACUAUGUGUCCAACACUCUCCUGUAUACACUGUAACUGGAUAACACACUAUGUGUCCAACACUCUCCUCUAUACACUAACUGGAUAACACACAAUGUGUCCAACACUAUCCUGUAUACACUGUAACUGGAUAACACACAAUGUGUCCAACACUAUCCUGUAUACACUGUAACUGGAGAACACACAAGGUGUCCAACACUCUCCUGUAUACACUGUAACUGGAUAACACACCAUGUGUCCAACACUCUCCUGUAUACAUUGUAACUGGAUAACACACAAUGUGUCCAACACUCUCCUGUAUACACUAACUGGAUAACACACAAUGUGUCCAACACUCUACAGUAUACACUGUAACUGGAUAACACACAAGGUGUCCAACACUCUACAGUAUACACUAACUGGAUAACACACAAUGUGUCCAACACUAUCCUGUAUACACUGUAACUGGAUAACACACAAUAUGUCCAACACUCUCCUGUAUACACUGUAACUGGAUAACACACAAUGUGUCCAACACUCUCCUGUAUACACUGUAACUGGAUAACACACAAUAUGUCCAACACUCUCCUGUAUACACUGUAACUGGAUAACACACAAUAUGUCCAACACUAUCCUGUAUACACUAACUGGAUAACACACAAUGUGUCCAACACUAUCCUGUAUACACUAACUGGAUAACACACAAUGUGUCCAACACUAUCCUGUAUACACUGUAACUGGAUAACACACAAUGUGUCCAACACUCUCCUGUAUACACUGUAACUGGAGAACACACAAGGUGUCCAACACUCUCCUGUAUACACUGUAACUGGAUAACACACUAUGUGUCCAACACUCUCCUGUAUACACUGUAACUGGAUAGCACACUAUGUGUCCAACACUCUCCUGUAUACACUGUAACUGGAUAGCACACAAUAUGUCCAACACUCUCCUGUAUACACUGUAACUGGAUAACACACAAUGUGUCCAACACUCUCCUGUAUACACUAACUGGAUAACACACAAUAUGUCCAACACUCUCCCGUAUACACUGUAACUGGAUAACACACAAUGUGUCCAACACUCUCCUGUAUACACUGUAACUGGAUAACACACAAUAUGUCCAACACUAUCCUGUAUACACUAACUGGAGACACACAAUGUGUCCAACACUAUCCUGUAUACACUGUAACUGGAGAACACACUAUGUCCAACACUCUCCGUAUACACCGUGCUGGAGAACACACAAUAUGUCAACACUCUCCGGUAUACACUGUAACUGGAGAACACACAAUAUGUCCAACACUCUCCGUAUACACUGUAACUGGAGAUCCAACACUCUCCAUACACUGUAACUGGAUAGCACACAAUAUGUCCAACACUAUCCUGUAUACACUGUAACUGGAUAGCACAAUAUGUCCAACACUAUCCUGUAUACACUGGAGAACACACAAUGUGUCCAACACUCUCUGUAUACACUGUAACUGGAUAACACACGAUGUGUCCAACACUCUCCUGUAUACACUGUAACUGGAUAACACACAACAACUGUAUACACUGGAUAACACACAUGUGUCCAACACUAUCCUGUAUACCUGUAACUGGAUAACACACAAUGUGUCCAACACUCUCCUGUAUACACUGUAACUGGAUAACACACAAUGUGUCCAACACUAUCCUGUAUACACUGUAACUGAAUAACACACAAUGUGUCCAACACUCUCCUGUAUACACUGUAACUGGAUAACACACAAUGUGUCCAACACUCUCCCGUAUACACUGUAACUGGAGAACACACAAUGUGUCCAACACUCUCCUGUAUACACUGUAACUGGAGAACACACAAGGUGUCCAACACUCUCCUGUAUACACUGUAACUGGAUAACACACUAUGUGUCCAACACUCUCCUGUAUACACUGUAACUGGAUAACACACAAUGUGUCCAACACUAUCCUGUAUACACUGUAACUGGAUAACACACAAGGUGUCCAACACUCUCCUGUAUACACUGUAACUGGAUAACACACAAUAUGUCCAACACUAUCCUGUAUACACUAACUGGAUAACACACAAUGUGUCCAACACUAUCCUGUAUACACUGUAACUGGAUAACACACAAUGUGUCCAACACUCUCCCGUAUACACUGUAACUGGAUAACACACAAUGUGUCCAACACUCUCCUGUAUACACUGUAACUGGAUAACACACAAAGUGUCCAACACUCUCCUGUAUACACUGUAACUGGAUAACACACAAUGUGUCCAACACUCUCCUGUAUACACUGUAACUGGAUAACACACAAUGUGUCCAACACUAUCCUGUAUACACUGUAACUGGAUAACACACAAUGUGUCCAACACUCUCCUGUAUACACUGUAACUGGAGAACACACUAUGUGUCCAACACUCUCCCGUAUACACUGUAACUGGAGAACACACAAUAUGUCCAACACUCUCCCGUAUACACUGUAACUGGAGAACACACAAUAUGUCCAACACUCUCCCGUAUACACUGUAACUGGAGAACACACAAUGUGUCCAACACUCUCCUGUAUACACUGUAACUGGAUAGCACACAAUAUGUCCAACACUAUCCUGUAUACACUGUAACUGGAUAGCACACAAUAUGUCCAACACUAUCCUGUAUACACUGUAACUGGAGAACACACAAUGUGUCCAACACUCUCCUGUAUACACUGUAACUGGAUAACACACGAUGUGUCCAACACUCUCCUGUAUACACUGUAACUGGAUAACACACAAUGUGUCCAACACUCUCCUGUAUACACUGUAACUGGAUAACACACAAAGUGUCCAACACUCUCCUGUAUACACUGUAACUGGAUAACACACAAUGUGUCCAACACUCUCCUGUAUACACUGUAACUGGAUAACACACAAUGUGUCCAACACUCUCCUGUAUACACUGUAACUGGAUAACACACAAUGUGUCCAACACUCUCCUGUAUACACUGUAACUGGAUAACACACAAUGUGUCCAACACUCUUCUGUAUACACUGUAACUGGAUAGCACACAAUAUGUCCAACACUCUCCUGUAUACACUGUAACUGGAUAACACACAAUAUGUCCAACACUCUCCUGUAUACACUGUAACUGGAUAACACACAAUGUGUCCAACACUAUCCUGUAUACACUGUAACUGGGUAGCUCCUGUUUAUAAACUGUAACUUGGGUGGGAAUUAUAUCAGAUAUCUCCUCUGUGCAUUGUGUGAUAUGAAUACUAGCUUCAAUCCUGACUUAAUACAUAAUUCUUGAUUAAGGUGAAUAGUAUUUUAUAUAGACGAGGAUUCAUGCAGUACUGAAGUAAUUAUUGUUUCUACUUCAAUUUCAAGAAACCCAAUUUACUAUGCUGGACUAUAACCCCUAUAAUGUGCAAACAUCUUGCUAAUUUGUUAUUUAAUCGGAAAGUAGAUACAGGAAACCCUGGGUGUAGUGUGUAUAUAUAGCAUGGUAGUACUACCUGGAUUAAGGUGUGUUCCCCUUUUCCUUAACAUUUUGGCGUACCCUCUCAUCAUUCCCCAUAAACUAGAGCUUCUCCUUAUUCUACAGAUGUAAUUCUCCCUUCUCCAUUCUCAGAUUGCGGUGUACGGGAAGAAUUUCUGUGUUUCCGCUAAAAACGCCUUCAAUCUCUUGAUGAGGAACAUUGUGAGGUGAACAUAUUACAUCCAUGAAUUUACUGUGUGCAUGCGUGCGUGUAUUAACAUGGGUCAUGUGCUGUGUUUUCAGAAGAGGACCGUAAUUGUCCAUAGCUAAUAUCACCUAUUUGAGUGUAUCGUUGGGUUAAUGAGGAAUUACAUUUUGCAUGUAGGUUGGGAUGCUGUUUUGUGCGUGAGGUGGUCCUAAACUUGUCCAUUUGUCUGUCUAUAGGGUGGUUGUUCUGGAUAAAGUGACCGACUUGCUCAUACUAUUUGGGAAAUUGAUUGUAGUUGGAGGAGUAGGUGAGAACCAAGAAAUCUAGGUUAUAUCCGGCUCCGUAUCCCAGCCUGUCCGACCUUUCUACAGCUCACGUAGAUUCUUCUCUCUGUUUAUCUUGUUUGCUCUCCCUAAACUCUCUCGUUUUACCUUUUCCUGUCUCAUUAUAUUUUUCACUCUGUAUCGAUCAGUUUUUUUUUUCUUUGUACUGCCUUGUUUCUCCUGUAUUCUUCCAUUUUAUCCCCCCUUCCUCUCUGAAUUCCUGCCCCCGCUCCACUGUAUCUCUAUAUUCCAAACUCAUUUCUCUCUUUCUACCUGUACCUCCUCCACUCUAAUCCAUUCAUUUUGGCAGCUCUACUUUAUUCUCCCUCCACUAACUCUCUAACUCUCUCCUUUACCCCUUUUCAUAUCUGUUCACUACAAACUCACCGUGUCUCUUCCGUUUCAGGAGUCCUUGCAUUCUUUUUCUUUUCUAAUAAGUUAAAGAUUGACAAUGAUGCUUUCAAGCCCCCAAAUCUGAACUAUUAUUGGAUCCCCAUUUUGGUAAGUUGUGUAGGUGUACGAGGAGCUUCGUGUGAGCAAUAUCUCUGCUACAGGGAAGCAAUGCCUGAAAUGGCAAAUAUUCCUAACAGAUCACUUUAUUCUUUUAUAAAUAUUUAUACACCCGUAAGGACUAACCUUUGUAAUCUGUAUGUAAGUGUUGUUUCCAUGAUGCCCAGGCAACCUCUGGGUUGGUCAGACUUUCUAGGAAAUUAAUUUCAAUACAAUAUGGAUUGCAAUCGUUGUGUUAUAUAUAUAUAUAUAUAUAUAUAUAUAUAUAUAUAUAUAUAUAUAUAAUGUGUGUGUGUGUGUGUGUGUAUGUAAAAAAUAGAUAAACUUCGUAUCUUCGUACCUUUUUAUUGGACUAACAUAAUUUUUUAAUGACAAGCUUUUGGGAGAACCUCCCUUUCUCAAGUCUGAAGCAUUUCUGAGCAAGACGACACAUAGAAAUCAAAGUUGAGUUGUGAUACAGGGGUUAAAGCGACAUGAAUGUAGAUAAGACACAGGUUUGAUAGAAUAUAGACACCAUUCUUGCAGAGGGUAGUAAAUAUCUUGUAUGAAGAUCAGAGUGGGGGGGGGGGAGAGAGGGAAAAAAAACAAGCAAACAGUGAAAUGGUGCUAGGAGAGGGGGGAGUAUUAAUAUAAAAAAUGCAUGAAUUUCCAUCCAAGAUUUACAGGAUAUGCAUGAAGACCUAUAUCCUGCAUACACAGACACACUCACACACAUGUACAUAUACACAAGUAGUGUAUAUGUACAAGUAUACACAAAAACAUACACACUGUACACAAGUACCUAUAAAUACAACCAAAUGUCCAAAUAUAUGUACAUGCACACCUACACAUACAUCCACACACAAGCACCAAUACAUGUAUCUACACAUAUUCCAAUGUGCCUACACAUACAUAGACCCGUAUAUAUGUACACAUACACCUAUUCACAUAUACAUGCAUUCUUAAUAUUAAUACUCCUCCCUUCUAGCACCAUCUUCUGACUGUUUGCUUGUUUGUUUUUUUUUCUUUCUCUCCCCCCUCGCUCUGUGACCUUCACACAAAACAGUUACGACCCACUGCAAGAAUGGUGUCUAUGUUCUAUCAAACCUGUGUCUUAUCUGCACUCAUGUCACUUUAACCCCUGUAUCACAACUCAACUUUGAAUUCUAUGUGUCCUCUUGCUCAGAAAUGCUAUAGAUUUGAGAAAGGGAGGUUCUCCCGAAAGCUUGAAAAAAUUGUUAGUCAAUAAAAAAAGAAGGUAUUACAAGAUAUGAAUUUUAUCUGUUUUUUACAUCAACAUCACUGGACUAAUACGGCUACAAUCUCUACUUGAAUACACUAUAUAUUAUUAUUAAUUUUUUUUUUUUUUUUACUACACACCUUUUUAGAAUUUUUCUUUUUACACGUUCCUAUUUAAAAAGUGUUUAUAAUACAUUUGUAAAUAAGGCAUGUUACUUAUUAAAGUGUUUUGGAUUGCUAUCCAGUAGAGCGCACACAGCACUUCAAGGUCUACUCUGACAUCAUUUCUGCAAUCAGAUUAAUGAGAUACAUUAUAAAUAAUCUAUUAAAAUGCCCGUUGCUUAUUCAUAUCUUCCUUUGUUUUACCCCAUAUUUUUUUUUGCCCCUCCAGACGAUAGUCGUUGGGUCAUACAUGAUUGCUCAAGGCUUCUUUAGCGUGUAUACCAUGUGCGUGGACACUUUGUUCCUGUGUUUCUGUGAGUAUUGAAUUAUGACCCGAUGUACUCCUGAUGACCAUCUUGUUGGAGCUCGUAGCUGACGUGCACUGGGAUUUUACAGAGAUGGCCUCAUGGCUUAGAUCAGUAGUAGACAUUGUGUAUAGUAGUGAGUUGAAUUACCUUAGAAUGAGCUUCUCCCAUGAUAAGGUCUUCUAGUAAGAUUAUAUUUUCCAACUAAGAGUUCUACAGUUCUGAGUAAAUAUAUAAUAACCAAAAAGAACAAUGUUGAGAGAGGCACGUGUUGCUACAUUCUCCUGAAGUAGUGUACACAUGAUUUUCCCCCAAAUACAGAGAAUGCCAUGACCACCAUGAUGUGGCCUUAAUGACGUGGACUUAUUUCCAUUUUCAGUGGAAGAUUUAGAACGUAAUGAUGGGUCUCAAGAAAAGCCAUAUUACAUGCCCAAAUCACUCAUGUCUAUUCUGAAUAAGAAGAAUCGACCACCAGAGUCAGAAGAGAAGAAGAAAGGAAAGAAAUAAUGCAUGGCUUGGCUGGAAUGUUACUUUCUGUUCAUUAUCAUCACUCCGAGCGUGAAGUGACCAAACUUCCUUCAUAAUCAGAUAUCAUAUCGCAUUCAAUAGGUUGUUGAUUUUUUUUUUUUUUUUAAAUACUUUUUUUUUGUCACUUCCUGCUGCUGGCCAUAGCCGCCCUAUUUAGAGAUGGUGGUAGAAUUGUUUACAUUUCAGUUACUUAAUACAUAUCUGUGAAAAUAGGGCUUUAGAGUGAGAAGGGCUUAGAACAACGCUCAGUGUUCUCUUCUGUGACCUCACUUCCAGUUUAAAGGAAACCAUUUUUGUAUUUCACAUGUCUCUCGUUUGGUUUUCCUCUCAAUUUCUUCUGUUUACUAUGCAUGUUUUUGUACAAACAUUGGGUUUAUAAAUACCACACUAUUUUACUUACAGUUGUCAAGUAAUUGUCACAUAGGUUUCAGUAUGUUGGAAUCUGAUGUCCAGUUCCCCUCUGUCGUACAUGUCAGAUCUCGUUUAAUGACAGAAUUGGUGGGUCAGGGGUCAAAAGCCCUUAUUUUAAUUUUUAAACCAUUUUAUUGGACAGAAAAUAGGUGGGUUCUUGACAGGAUAGGUGGCGCAUCGACUUUAGUGUGGGGCAGGUUCAAUAUUGACUGGUGUAGGUUGAGAUAGGUCAGUGGAGGGAGCAACUGAAAUCAUGACCUCUUCCCAAACAUUCCACCAUCUUCCACACCCACACACACAUCGUUACCAUUUCCGCCAUUCACCUUGGUUAAAUGUGCCUUCAUCUGGAUCUUUGCAUCCUGUAAGAAUGUGAAUUCUGUUUUUAGGCAUCUUUAACCUAGAAUUAGCCAUAGACUGAAGGAAUCUUAUUUAUAAAGUUUCUGCGUAGCCAAAGAUAAGGCAUGAGCCCUAGAGUUAAUUAAAAUGCACUUUAUAGUGUAUAUAAACUGUGUAAAUGAAUUUAGUCCUUUGAUUUUUAUCCACUGAUUAAUAUUUUAAAUAGAUAUUAAAUCUUAUCUUCCUGUACACUCAAUGAGUUUGUGUAUAUAUAUAUAUUUUAUAUAUGUGUGUGAAGAGCAAUACAACAAAAAUGAAUUAUAUUUAUAUAAUAGUUUAAUAAACUGGUUCAUUAAUGAUAUUGUUCUGCUUUCUGAUUUGACCAUACUGUGUACAUACAGAGAUAUUAAUUACAAUGUGGAAGUCACAUGAUGCUGUCCGCUAUAAGGUGAGAUGAGGGAAAAGGAAUCCGAAUGUAGGUAGCAGCAAGGAAUCUAUCCUGGCAGUAGCCAGCUUUUAUCAUUUAGAAAUGUGUGUAUUGUUUACUUAAUUACUGUUAAGCCAACUCCGUUUGUAGAGAGCAGAGACGUUCAUUUAACCUUUUUUUUUUUUUUUCCUCUAGCACUGCAAUAAAAAGCUCCCAGUGUGUACAUAGUGAUGCGUAUCAUCAGAAAACACUGUAUCAGAGCUUUACAGUAAUUGGGAGCAUAGAUCAGAGCUCCACAGACGUAAAAGGUCCCAUUAAUGUGCAUUGACAACGUAACAGAGCUCUACAGCCAUAAGCUUCACAGUAAUGUGCAGCAUUUCAGUGUAUCAGAGCUCCACAGCAAUAAAACUCACAGUAAUGUGCAGCAUUUCAGUGUAUCAGAGCUCCACAGCAAUAAAACUCACAAAGGGUGUGUGUGAGUAUGACAUAGCGGUGUAGUAAUGGUUUAAACCGUAGGGAAUGUAUUUACAUAUUAGUUGCAUAAAUGGCUUCCUUUGGUCCUAUUGUAAAUCUUUCCACCUCGUAUAUACCCAUACGCAGUCACUGUCUGUACAUGUUCCCGGUCUGGUUUGUAUGUAGAAAUUAUUAACUGGUGAUUAUUCGUGGUGUCACUCACUCAGCUGGAAAUGUUUGAAGAAUGGAAGGUAAUUGUACAUUUUAAACUAAUCCCACAUAUAUUCCAAGUUCAGCAAAUUACUCUGACGGUUACACUAUAUCCACAGAUGACACAAUGUAAGUAAUUAAAUUCCUAUAUUUAUUGGCAUAGUUAAUUAAAUCCCAGAAACAUUCAUUCAUGAGGUUACACCCUAAUAAACAGUGGCAGUACUACUGAGCACGUGUGGCAGUAACAAGCAGAGGGUAUUUGGCAGUACCCUGGCUGUGCCCAUUUCCAUGGGCAGUAUGUAAAAUAUCAGAUUCCCAGCAUAAGCCCCUACACCCUAUAAGGUAGUAAUUAAUUAAGGCAGGAUUGAUUAUUUAACAGCAGAAAUAAAAUGAUAUGAAAUAGUGCUAUUUUCUCGUAAUUCUAAUAAAACACUGACCCAUUAUCUAAAUACUUCAAUGAAGUGGUCAGAGUGUGACAGAUAAUUAUUAGUAACGAGGAUUAUAAUCACCGCAGUGUACGUGGGCUGUAUUGCUGUAACACUGGAUGGGCUAAAGAUCAGUUCUGGCUCGUAACAUGGAGGAGUUUACAUGUUCCUGCCAGAAGCUCCACUUUUAACAUUUUGCUCAAGAACUGUAUUUUAUGGAUGUAAACUAAUUUCCUCUUUAAGUAACUAAACCUCCCAAAAUGCUCCACCAGCUAGUGGCCAGGUAGGGGUACUUCAAUCAUAGCUGCAGUGCCAAGACUAGAAAUCAACAAUCUACAUCUUCAUGGAAAUGCUAUAAGAAUGUGUGUUAGUAGUGUUUGGAACACCCAAUAUAUACAAACACUACUAAGACAUGCUGUUUAUUUCAAUGGGAGAGCCUGCACAGACACAUCUCUCUGAAGUUUGAUGUCUAAUUUAUACUACAGAUCUCAAACCUUUUUGGUUCCCAGCAGGAAGGCAAUAGAGCAGUGGUUCCCAACUCAAGGCAUUCAAACAGGUUAUUGCUAUCGCUGUUAGAAUGGAUUUGGAAAACCCCUGACUGUCUGUGUCUUGCACUGCAUUGGGAAGCAUGGUUUUUAGAGCAUUAAUUAAAUAUACACAAGUCAUUUUAUUGGUCCCAUAACCCUGUCGCAUACCUGCAUUCAGCAAAAUAACAGAACACACACGGUAAAAGCUAUUAAAACGUCUUAAAAUACAAACAUUUGCAUGUAAGAUUUAACCCUAAGCUGGCUGUGCUGAUGCUAAAGUUAAAUUAGAACCAGCCAUUGGGUAACAGAUCUUUAAGUGGGGAAUAUAGAAAAUGCACUUUGCAGGAUGGAAUAUGUAGGGAACCUUAGAGACUGGCAAGAAAAUGAAUGUGAUUUUUAUCGUAUACAAGGGUAUGAAUAUUCUCAUAUAAAAAUAAAAUUCUAUACGGAUUCCUUAGACGUUGUAUCCACUUACAGCCCACUCUACAAUGACACAUGCCCUAAACAUGAAUCCGUGUUCCAGAUUGUGUAUAAAAUAUUGUAUGUUAUGGUAAUAAGAUCCUUGCAUAGAUGGCCAUUUGACACUAAAACGCACAUUGACCCCCGAUUGGUAUCGUGGGGGGGGGCAUAUUAUCAAAGCUUCAUGAAUAUGUAAACGUAUUUUAUUUGAUCCCAGUGGAAUACGAAUCAGAAGAUUGCGUGACAAUAGAAAUCUGUAAGAGAGAACGAAU